CCCGAUUGGACGUGGAGGUCGUCCUUUCGACGUAUCACCCACGGUGAUCGUCGUCGUCUUCGUCGCGGCUUGGUUUUUUUUUUAUAAUAUAGUUUCUCCCCUCGCGCAGUGAAACACAAAUUCAGCCAAGAUUGCAUCCUGGAUACGCGGAAGGAUUGAGGCGGAAGGAGGCUGCUGCUGUCAGCCAUGGGGACGGCAAAGAUGAAACAUCUUUGGCCGUUGCUGACGUGGAUACUUUUAUCUUCGUAUCCGGCCGAAUCUCGCAACGGACUCGGCCAUGGAUUGAGGCGAGAAGUAUUCUUCUUGAACCUCGAGGACGGCUACUUCGGCUGCCAAGUGAACGAGUCGACGGACAUUCUGCAGUUACUAGAGCUCUCGAAGCUUUGCGAUCAGCGCGUCGACUGCUACCAGGGCGCGGACGAGCAGCGCGGCAAGUUGAAGUGCACAAAUGAUUGUACAACAGAGCACGGUACUAAAUGUCAAAACGGUGUCUGUCUGGAUUCAGUCUGUCACUGUAACGAUGGGUUUGGAGGAUGUAACUGUCAAGUUCCAGAUGAGAACGAAUGUAAAUAUCGGCCCUGUGAUAUAUUUGCCCAUUGUACAAAUACUCUUGGCAGCUUUCAAUGUUCCUGUUUUCCUGGAUAUCGAGGCGAUGGUUUUCACUGCGAAGAUAUCAACGAAUGUGACGAUCCGGCGCUCGCUGGGCGUUGCGUCGAAAAUGCCGAGUGUUGUAACCUCCCGUCGAACUUCUUGUGCAAAUGCAAACCUGGCUACAUCGGCGACGGUGAGGUACAUUGCGAAGAUGUGGACGAAUGCACGAUACCAGGCGCAUGCGGCGACAAUACCGUGUGUCAUAACAUACCUGGCAAUUACACCUGCACGUGUCAAGACGGAUUCAUGGGAGACCCGUACAACAAUUGCAUCGAUAUCAACGAGUGCGAAUACGAAGGUGCUUGCGGGAAGGAUGCACUAUGCGUGAACUUACCAGGCGCUCAUAAAUGCGAGUGUCCUCUAGGAUAUGACGGCAGCCCCGAAGAGGAAUGCAGGGAUAUCAACGAGUGCCUAAGAAGCCCCUGCGGACGUUCCGCUCUCUGCACAAAUGUACAUGGUAGUUUCCGGUGCUUGUGUCCCGACGGAAUGAACGGUGAUCCGUGGACAGGUUGCCAUGAUAUAAACGAGUGUGAGGAGGGUUCACCAUGCAGCAUGAACUCGGAAUGCGUGAACAUCGAGGGUAGCUUCGAGUGUAGGUGCCAUGCCGGUUACCAAAUGGACCCCACGCACGGCUGCAUCGACGUGAACGAAUGCAGCAGCACGGAUGCUUGUGCGGUCAACGCGAGGUGCAUCAACGUCCCGGGCUCGUACAAGUGCAUUUGCCCGCCGGGUUUUGUUGGCCAAGGACUAACUCUUUGCGAAAACGUGAACGAAUGCAAGCGCAAUCCCUGCGGCGAGAACGCCGUGUGCAGCGACACGAUCGGUAGCUUCGUCUGCAGCUGCAAGACGGAUUACACCGGCGACCCUUACAAGGAGUGCAGCGAUAUUGACGAGUGUACGGCUUUGGAGAAUCCUUGCGGCAGGAACGCGAUUUGCAAGAACGCGGACCCCGGCUACAAUUGCGUCUGUCCACCGGGGUACAGUGCCAGCCCCAAUCCGACAGUCGCUUGCGAUCAGACCGACGUUACGACGCUCUGCAAGUCGAAUUUUGAUUGUGUCAACAAUGCCGAGUGCAUCGAGGGACAGUGCUUCUGCAAAGAUGGCUUCAAAGCCGUCGGGGCCGAGUGCGCGGAUCUGGACGAGUGCCUUACUAAUCCUUGCGGGCCUGCGUCGAUCUGCACGAAUAUCAGAGGAAGUUACCACUGCGAAUGCGAGUCCGGGUUCGUCGGUACUCCGCCUCACAUACAGUGUAAAGCACCAUGCGAUGAGGUAACUUGUGGCGACCAUGCCUUUUGCAAAGCCGAUGGUCAUGAAGCUUAUUGUAUUUGCGAAGACGGUUGGACCUUUAAUCCGAACGACAUAGGGGCUGGAUGUGUCGAUAUAAAUGAGUGCGACGCAGUAAAUGGACCUUCUGGAAGAUGCGGCAGAAAUGCUAUCUGCACGAAUACACCCGGCAGUUUCAGUUGCCAAUGUAAAUCUGGAUUUUCAGGAAAUGCCUUCAAGCAAUGUAUAGAUAUUGAUGAGUGUACAAGACAUGAUGUUUGCGGUCACGGAGCGACAUGCACUAACACUGAGGGUUCCUACUCUUGCAAUUGUCCAGAAGAAACAAUACCGGCUCCUGAUCCGUAUAUCAAAUGCGUUGCAAUAGUCAGAUGCGAAGUUGAUGAUGAUUGUCCAGGGAAUGCUAUUUGCGAUCUACAAAAGAGAUGCUUAUGCCCUGAGCCCAAUGUUGGAAACGAUUGCAGACAUCCAUGCGAAGAUCUAUCUUGCGGACCCAACGCUCAUUGCAUGCUGUUGAACGACGUCGCAACGUGCCUCUGUAGUAAUGGUUAUACCGGCAAGCCAGGUGCGAAAGAUGGUUGUCGAGACAUCGACGAGUGCGCGAUCAAUCCGUGUCCACCGGGUGCGAUUUGUAACAACGAGCCAGGCUCCUUCUCGUGUCAGUGUCCCAACGGCAUGACGGGCGAUCCUUACAGCGGCGGUUGCCAAGAGUCUAAGGCACCUCACGUUUGCGGUCCCAGUGCACCUUGUCCAGCUGGAGAGCAGUGCAUCAAGGACGAAUUUGUGGGCAGUAGCGUGUGUAUCUGUCAGCGCGGUUACACUCGCGACCAUGAGACGGGCAAAUGCAGAGACAUCAAUGAGUGCAUGGAGCUCAGAGAAAAGUCAGCGUGCGGUGUCAACGCUAUUUGCAAAAAUCUCCCCGGCAGCUACGAGUGUCAAUGUCCACCUGGUUUCAAUGGAAAUCCGUUCUCGCUCUGCGAAGAAUGUAACAGUAUCGAGUGCCAGUGUCAGCCGCCAUACAAGAUCGUCAACGGCAAAUGCAUGUUGGCUGGCUGCUCAAAGGGCGAGAAGUGUCCAAGUGGUGCCGAGUGCAUAACGAUUGCGGGUGGUGUCAGUUAUUGCGCCUGUCCAAAGGGUUACACGACCAAAUCUGACGGCUCCUGCGAAGAUAUAAACGAGUGCACCGUGGGGCACCAAGUCUGCGGCUAUGGCGCCGAGUGCAUCAACUUACCAGGUGCUCAUCAGUGCACAUGCCCGCACGGCUACGGCGGCGAUCCGUACAACGGCCUCUGCUCACCCGCACAGAAGAGAUGCACCAAUGACAACGAGUGCAAGGCUAACGAGAAGUGCGUGCAGCCAGGCGAAUGCGUAUGUCCACCGCCGUUCUACACCGAUCCAUUGGAAGGAAAUCUUUGCAAGAAUCCCUGCGAUCGUUUCCCAUGCGGUAUCAACGCGAGAUGCACGCCGAGCGAUCCACCGCGAUGCAUGUGCGAGGCCGGCUUCGAAGGCGACCCACAACACGGUUGCAUCGACGUGAACGAAUGCGCGAACAAUCCUUGCGGUCAUGGUGCAUAUUGCAUUAAUACGAAAGGAGAUCACGUGUGCGAAUGUCCAAAGGGCAUGAUUGGAGAUCCUUACGGCGUUGGCUGCACGGGAGUCGCGACCGGCAAGAGUGAAUGUUCUUCAAAUGACGAUUGCGAGAAUUAUCUGGCAUGCGUUCACGGAAGUUGCGUCAAUCCUUGCGACAACAUACCCUGUGGUCCGAACGCGUAUUGCGAACCUGAUAAACACGCUGCUUGGUGCAGGUGUGUGAUAGGCUUCACCGAAGGCAAAAACAACGAAUGCGUUUCACAGUGUGACGGUUUCGUUUGCGGUACCGGAGCCCAAUGUAUUGUAAGUUAUGAUGGGCCGACUUGUAAGUGUAUCGAGGGUUUUAUGGGCAAUCCUUUCCCUGGUGGGCAAUGCGUUCCGGAUGUUUGUUCACCAGAGAUUCCAUGUGCGGAGCCAAGCGUUUGUAUCAGUGGACGUUGUAAACGACGUUGCGAGGGAGUAGUUUGCGGUAUUGGAGCUAUGUGCGAUCCUUUAACGAAUAAGUGCGUUUGCAAUCCAUACUUCGCCGGCAAUCCGGAUCUACUUUGUAUGCCACCCAUUGAGCCACCCCACUGCGACCCAGUUUGCGGAAAAAACGCGCACUGCGAGUACAGUCUUCAGGAAUCGAAAUGUGUCUGCAAUCCGGGCACCAGCGGAAAUCCUUAUCACGGUUGCGGCAUUCAGCAGAAAUCUGACUGCUCUAAGGGAUUGUGCGGCAAAGAUGCGCAUUGCAAUGCUGGCCCCAAUGCUGUCGAGUGUCUCUGUCCAUCUGGCUUUGCUGGCAAUCCAUAUAUCCAAUGUUUCGACGUUAAUGAAUGCAACGGAAACGCAUGCGGUAGCAAUGCGGUGUGCAUCAAUACCAUCGGUAGUUACGACUGCCAUUGCAAAGAUGGCUUCUUCGGCAACCCCUUCGUCGGCUGUCAACAAGUGCAGGUGGUGCCGUGCGUCGAUCCCUCGAGCUGCGUUUGCAACGAAGCCGUACCUUGCCCAUUCGAUUAUACCUGCGUGAACCACAGAUGCGUGAACCAAUGCAGUGACAUCAAGUGCGGACCCAGAUCCGUUUGCCAGGACGGGACAUGCGUGUGUCCACCGGGUUAUAGUGGCAAUCCUAACGACCUACACAAAGGCUGCCACUUGCACGGCCGUUGCUCCAACGAUCUUGAAUGUGAGCCGCAGGAGAUCUGCUUCCAGGUCGGCAAAGGCGUUCGCAAGUGCGUGGACGCCUGCAGUAAACUACAAUGCGGACCCAACGCAUUGUGCAUCACGCAGAAUCAUGUAUCCUCUUGCCUGUGCGUCGACGGCUACCAAGGCAAUCCGAGUAAUCUGGUAGAAGGUUGCCAACCGUCCAAGUCCGUGAUUCCCGGCUGCGCCCACGAUUCGGACUGUCAGCCUGGCUCCUUCUGCAUCGUGUUAGACGGCGGCGUACGAGACUGCGUGAACCCUUGCAGCAAGGUCAUAUGCGGAGCCUAUCAAAAGUGCGAGCCUGAUGUUAUCCCGGGCCAUGCGACCUGCAAAUGUCAAGACGGCUACGAGUGGAACCCGGUGCAGUCGUCCUGCGAAAAACCGUCCGUGCCCGAUUGCAUCAGCGACGACGAUUGCCACUCCAGUGAGAGUUGCCGGCCGGACGCUCUUGGAGUGCUCAAAUGCCUGCCACUCUGUAGCGGCUUCACUUGUACCGUGAACUCACGUUGUGUAGCGGAGAACCACCGUGGCCGUUGCGAAUGUUUGCCGGGUUACACUGGCAAUCCGGAUGAUCGCCGUGGCUGCCACAGUCCGCGCGAGAACCGCUGUUCUACUGACAGCGAGUGCCCGGAGGACCAGACGUGCCGCGGCUCCUUGGACGGCCCGCUCAUCUGUCAACUGGUUUGUGACUUCGUUUCCUGCGGUCCCAACGCGCUUUGCGUCGUCAACAACCACGUGGCGAACUGCGAGUGUCCUCCCGGGCUCUAUGCUGGUGACCCGAAUGACGUGGCAUCCGGCUGCCGCGCGGUACCUUGCGUUUACAACAUCGACUGUCCGCCGGCUCAGCUCUGCAACCGCUUGACGCACACCUGUUAUGAUGCUUGCGACGAGAAUGCCUGCGGUGUAAACGCAGUCUGCAUCGCCGACGAUCACAGAGCUAUCUGCCAAUGUCCGCCAGGCUUGCGACCAAACCCAGUGCCCGACGUAGAGUGCGUCGCCGUGGAGGCUUGCCACUCGGAUUCUUGUCACCCAACUGCGCUCUGUGUCGCCGGUCCUACUAACAACCCCGUGUGUAAGUGCCCGCCGAAUCACGUGGGCGAUCCUUACGUUAACGGAUGUCAACCGGAGGGCUACUGUUCCGGGCCGAAGGACUGCCCGGUGCAUUCUGUCUGCUAUGAGCAUCGCUGCGUGAAUCCGUGUGAGAACGCCUGUGGUCCCAACGCGCUUUGUGAGAUCGUCAACGGCCAGCCGAGCUGCAAGUGCAUCCAUAGGUUCGUGCCGUCGUCGAAAGGCGCGGAGCACGGUUGCGUGAGAGCCACGAAUUUCUGCACGGUGGACGCCGAGUGCGAGGACAGCGUGUGUCUUGAUGGGCAAUGUAGAGCUGUAUGUCGGUCAGUCGCCGAUUGCUCGGACGAAGAAAAAUGCAUUAACAACAAAUGUAUGGUAUCCUGCAUCACGCAUUCUCAAUGUCAAUUCGAUCAGGCAUGUGUGACUGGCGGAUGUAUCCUUGGUUGCCGCAGCAACAAAAAUUGUCUGCCCACCGAAUCGUGCAUUAAUAGCAAAUGUCAAGAUCCUUGUAGCAGGAAAGACGUGUGUGGACCAAACGCAAUCUGCAGUUGUGCGAAUCAUGCGAUUACCUGCACUUGUCCUCUUGGUUUCAUCGGCAAUCCUACCCCGGAGCAAGGUUGCAUACGAGUGCUGAGCGCGUGCGAAGGUCUGCAUGACUGUCCAAGCCAACAUCUGUGCGUCUCCGGAUUAUGCCAGUGCCAAUGUUCGGAACAGAACAACUGCGCGCAAGGCGAACGUUGCAAGAACGGUAUUUGUGUGAAGAUUUGUUACAGCGACAGUAAUUGCCAGCCCGGCGAACUGUGCAUCGAUGGAACGUGCGAAGUUGGCUGCACCUCUGACGUUGGCUGCAAACGUGAUGAGGUCUGCAUCAAUAACAAGUGCAGAUGCAGCCACGGAUUUAUCGCUGGCCCUGAACACUGCCUGGAUAUCAACGAGUGCGAAGAUCGACCGUGUCAUCCAAGUGCGGAAUGCAUUAAUCUUCACGGAUCUUAUCGAUGUACGUGUCCUGUAGGCACUGCGGGCGAUCCUAUAGGAACGGGUUGCGUGCUACCACAUCAAUGUACCGCUCCCACUGACUGUCCGGACACGCAGGCCUGCAUUAAUCACAACUGUUCGGACCCAUGUUCCUCCAUUGAUUGCGGCUUGAACACGAUCUGCUCGGUUCUGGAUCAUGUAGCCAGUUGUCAGUGUCAGCCUGGUUACAUCGGUGAUACUUCAGGUUGCUUCAAAGUCGAGUGUCUUUCCAAUAGCGACUGUCCGACGGAUAAAUAUUGCAACCAAGAGACUAACAAGUGCAGUAGUCCUUGCAAUCAAGUGAAUUGCGGAUACGGCAAUUGCGUGGCUCUCGAACAUAUCAGUGUGUGCAAAUGCUAUCCUGGCUUCAUCCUCGCCGGCGACAUCUGCGCAGAUGUUAACGAGUGUUUACAGGAUCCCUGCCAUUCCUCAGCCAUAUGCCAAAAUACGGAGGGGUCGUUCGCUUGUGUUUGCUCGCAUGGUCUGGUGGGAGAUCCAUUCAAGACUGGUUGCAAACAACCCGGAGACUGCUUUACGGAUUCAGACUGCCCGAAUUCGGCCGCCUGCAUCGAUAAUAGAUGCACAAAUCCAUGCGACACACCGGGUAUUUGUGGCAGAAACGCGGAGUGUCUCGCUCGUGAUCACGUUCCGAUAUGCAGAUGCCCCGGACAGACCACAGGAAAUCCAGCAACGGAAUGUAUCCACCUGGAAUGCAAUUAUCAUAGCGACUGCAGUCAAUCGGACGCAUGUUUCGACCAUAAAUGUGUCGACCCAUGCUCGGUUUCGAAUGUUUGCGGGCACGGAGCCGAUUGUUCAUCACUCAAUCAUAGCGCGGUGUGCACUUGUCAGCCUGGCGGUACAGGCGAUCCGAAUCUCGGAUGUACUCCGGUUCAAUAUUGCAAGAGUGACUCGCAGUGUGCGACUGGAUCAGCGUGUAACGGAGGUAUCUGCACAGCGCUCUGUGGAAGUACGAGAGACUGCAUCGGCGAUCAACUCUGUAUCAAUGGCCUCUGCCAGCCUACCUGCCGAAGUAACUCAAGCUGCCCGGAAUAUCAAUACUGCCAUAAUAACAUAUGUGUUCAAGAAUUACGCUGUAUAUCAGACAAUGAUUGUUCAUACGAUGAGAAGUGCAUUAAUAAUAAUAUCGGACAGGCGGGAUGUCACAAAGCGUGUGACUUAAUACUCUGCGGCCGUAACGCCGAAUGCAAGGCUGACAAUCAUGCCGCCACGUGUUCUUGCAAAUCCGGUUUCUUCGGAAAUGCCAAAGAUGACAAGAUCGGCUGUCAACCGAUCGAAUGCGAAGUGAAUGACGACUGUACUCAGGAGAAGAUCUGCGACUUGCACAGAUGUAGAAUCGCUUGUCUGGCGCAUAAUCCCUGCGGCACGAACGCUAUUUGCACAACAGAGAAACACGUCCAAGUUUGUACGUGCCAACCUGGAUAUACAGGAGAACCGACGCGUGCCUGCGAACUGAUCGAUUACUGUGCGAAUGCACCUUGUGCGCCCGGAGCUUUGUGCGAAAAUUCACGCGGAUACUUCAAAUGUCACUGUCAACCCGGCACGGUCGGGGAUGCUUACAACAGCGGCUGCCAACCGCCGGUGGAGUGUCUUCAGGAUACAGACUGCCCACUCACUGCCAAGUGUGUCAACGUUAAUAACGUACCGAAAUGUUUCGAUGCUUGUGCACGCAUCAAGUGCGGUCCAAACGCGGACUGCAUCGCGAGCAAUCACGCUGCAAACUGCCAAUGCCGUGCCGAUUACGAAGGCGAUCCUAGCAGUUUGAGCAUAGGCUGCCGUCCGAAACCGGUGGUCUGCACGUCACACGUCGAUUGUUCGGUCAAUACUUAUUGUUACGAAGGCAUUUGUCGACCAUCUUGUCAAUCGGACGAGGAGUGCAAUUUAACCGACGUUUGCUUGAACGGGCAAUGCUUAGACCCGUGCGACGUGCGGGUGUCUUGCGGUAUAAACGCUGAAUGCAAAGUGCGAAGUCACAUCAAACAAUGCAGCUGCCCGCCGGGUUUCACCGGUAACUCCGAGGUGGAAUGCGUAAGAUUACCGGUUUCCUGCCUGGGCAGCAAAGACUGCAGCGACGGUAACACCUGUCGCGACAACGUCUGUCUGCCGAUCUGUACCGUCGACAACGAGUGUGCUCUGAACGAAAAAUGUAUCCGCGGCAAUUGUUUGCUGACCUGUCGCUUAGACAAUGACUGUUUCCUGGGCCACAUCUGCCUGCACAACAUGUGCUCGUUCGGCUGUCGUGCCGACGAGGAUUGUAAUGCGAACGAAGCCUGUCUAGACAACAAGUGCGCGAAUCCGUGCGAGGCCACGCCAUGUGGGCCGAAUGCCAAGUGUACCGUCUUCAAUCAGCGUGCCACGUGCUCUUGCCCCAUAGGCUUCAUCCCGAACCCCACGGCCAAAGUCGCGUGCCUCAGGUCACCUGGCCCGAUCUGCCAGGCUAAUCGGGAUUGCGCCGUAGGCACAGCCUGCAUCUCUGGAGUUUGCACGGCUGUCUGCUCGACGAACGCUAACUGCCUGAGCAACGAGAGAUGCGACAGCACCGGCAUCUGCAAGUCACUCUGCAGACGGGACGAGGAUUGCAGAAGCGGUGAGAUCUGCGAGGGACUGGUAUGCAUCGCCGGUUGUCGCGCGGACAUCGAGUGUCAGGAUAAUUACGCGUGUGUCAACAAUCAAUGCACAGAUACGUGCACGUUGCCUGGCGCUUGCGGCGUAAACGCUAAAUGUGGAACUAUCAAUCAUCAGAAGGUGUGCACGUGUCCGCGGCCUUUGGUCGGAGAUGCUCGUAUUGGAUGCAAGCAGGCGUUCCUUCCUUGCGCAUCAGAACUGGAGUGCUCGCCCGGACAAUCGUGUUACGGCAAAUCAUGUUAUUCCACUUGUAGAAGCGACGCAAAUUGCCUGAGUGACGAACGGUGUGACGGCGGCAUUUGUAAGGCAAUAUGCAACAGUGACGACCAUUGUGUGGCAAACCAGAUAUGUCACAAUCGUAUGUGCGAUAUUGGAUGUCGUAGCGAUAACACGUGCCCAAGCGAAGAGUCUUGCAUCAACAAUCACUGCAGAAGUCCAUGCGAGGGUGGCAAAGCAUGCGGAGAAUGCGCCGGCUGUCGGGUGGUCAAUCACGUGGCUCAAUGCAGCUGUCCGGCCAAUUAUUACGGCAAUGCGUUGAUUAAUUGCGCGAAGACCAUGAUUCCUUGCGACGGCUCGUGCGAAUGCGACGAGAUCGGUUUCUGCACCACUAGUUGUCAUCAUCAGGAUCAUUGCUCUUGCGGAGAAGUUUGUCACAACGGAAAAUGCCGCAUCAAGUGCGAUAUUAAUAACGCGUGUCCAAAGGGUUACGUGUGCGACGGAGGCUUGUGUCUGAUCGGCUGUCGCACCUAUUCCGAUUGCCCAGCAUCGUUGUCGUGUAUGAACGGCCAAUGUGAGGAUCCAUGUUCGGCUCAUGGAUCGCCUUGCGGAAUCAACGCGCUUUGCCGUGUCUCUAAUCAUCGCGCAGUGUGCUUGUGUCCGGAAGGUUAUCAGGGUGAACCGAGCCAGGAAUGCUACCAAUUGGAGUGCCAUCACGACGACGAUUGCGAGCCAAACAAGCAUUGCAGUGAAUAUGGCGUUUGCACCAACCCGUGCCUACAACACAGCGUUUGUGGCUUCAACGCGCAGUGUCGAGUGAUUAACAGGAAGGCGCAGUGCUCUUGUCCACCGGGACACGUCGGCAAUCCGAAGAUCAACUGUAAGAAAGGUGGGGACGAAUGUCUACGAAGACCUUGUGGUAUCAACGCUAAAUGCCGAGGCACUGUGAGCGGUUUCGAGUGCACCUGCGACCCGGGAUGUCACGGCGACCCGCAUCAGGCAUGUCUCUGCGACGGCGAUCUCUGCAAGGAUACACGUUGCGGUGUCAACGCUGCUUGUCGGAUUUACAAAAAUCAACCGCAAUGUUACUGCCCGCCGAGUAAUCCAUCAGGCGAUCCAAUGCACGCAUGCAGCUCAGAUAGGGAUUUGGGUGACUGUCGAAUAAAUGGAUGCGGGCAGAAUGCCGAAUGUAUUAGAGACGGGGCUAUAUUCGUCUGUCGGUGUCCACCAGGUACCAGCGGCUCGCCGGAUAUCGAGUGUACGACAGAGCGCGAAUGCACCAGCGACUUAGAGUGCCCCAAUGAAAAAGCCUGCAUAAAUCUACAAUGUCUGGACCCGUGCGCGCUACGCGGUGCCUGUGGGAUCAAUGCUCUGUGCCGAGUGGUUCUGCACAAGCCGCGUUGCUCGUGCCCGCACUGUUAUAUCGGUAUGCCCCACACGGCCUGCCAUCCAGAUUCCAAAUGCGACACGCUCAAUCCCCAACCUACGCCGAGCAUCGGUUGUUCCUCCGACCACGACUGUCCGGAGAGUCUCUCCUGCCACUCUCAGACAGGCGAGUGCCGCGACCCGUGUUUAAGCUCUCGGUAUAACUGCGAGGUCAACAAGAGGUGUCAGGUGCGAAGUCACAAGCCUAUGUGCGUUUGCAAAUACGGCUUCGUAGUGAACGAAGUCGGGGAAUUGACUUGCGCUCCCGACACGCUCACCUGUUCGAGGGACUUUGAUUGCCCCUCGAAUGCAGCGUGCGUCAACGGCAAAUGUCAGAAUCCCUGUAACGUACGUAACAAAAGACCGUGCCCGGCCGAUAAGUCCUGCGAUGUCCUGGACCACCGUCCCGUGUGCAUUUGCACUAAAAACUGCAAUCCUUCCCUCUCCAUUUGCCUGCGAGACAGUGGCUGCUCUCCAGACUUGGCGUGCCGCAACUAUCGCUGCGUGGACCCAUGCAGAAACUCUACCUGUCCGGCUGAUGCCCCCUGUUACGUGGAGGAGCACAAGCCUAUCUGCAAGUUCUGUCCCCCCGGCUUUGUGCCAGAUACUAAAUACGGAUGCAUGAAAGCAGUUCUUCACCCCAUGCCCAAGCCAACUUGCGAGUCCGAUGAUGACUGCAGCGACGUAGAAGCUUGUGUCAAUAGCUCUUGCGUUGAUCCUUGUAUCAACGGGUGUCAGCUGACAGUUCAAUGUCGAGUCAAAGCGCACAGGCCUAUUUGCGGUUGCGAUCUUAAUGACGAAAGUUGCUUAACUAAUGGCACGACGACGUUGCAUUCUACCGAUUCAGAUCAAACUUUCGCGACUACCACAUUACGGACCACAGCAAACACCGGUACUUUGUCGUCCAUGUCGACUAUUCCUACCAAAGAGAUAUCGACCGUUGCGUAUAUUGAGGAAAGUACAGUUCCUCUGACCGAAGUUACUAUAAUUUUGUUGGACAAUGUUACUACUGAGAUGAUACACAAGUCGGACACGACAAUCGCGUCGACUGAGAUUGUGACCGAGUCUUCGAGUGCUACAACGACUGUACGUUCAAUAUCGAGCGCAACCGAGGUCAAUGUGUCAAACGGUACAUCGACUCUAACGACGGACAUUGAUUUGGACAAUGUUACGUCCAAUCGUCUUACCACUCCAACAUUUGAAGAUAAUAGCACUCUCGGAAAUUGGACAGAAUAUACAACGAGUACAUCUACGCUCGAAAUCUAUGUUACAACAGCUUCUGUUGCUCCAACUAUGUACAGUGAAGAAACUAUUAAGGAAAAUGUAUCUUCCUCUACUGCAAUUGCUAUAACAGAGAGCGAAUUAGGAUUUGGACGUAGAGAAAAUGCCACGAUUACCGAAAUAUCCGAAACAACCACCGCUUCGGUCAUCGGCAUCAUCACUUCUCCGACUACGUUCAAAUCUACUGAAAUCACUACUGAAGACGUUAUCGAUACCACGAUUUCACAUGAAAUUCCCGAAACGACGAUAGUUUCAAAGUCGACGGGUGUGAGCGAAGUUCCUGAGAACAUAACUAUAGUUCCUUCCACAGAAGUUCCUGCUAGAAAGGUUGAAGAGACCACAAUGGUGGCAACGACUACACAACAGUAUUCUACAGAAUCUAGUGAAUUAACAGUAAAACCCUUAGAGGAAACUACCAAGUCACAUAUAGAAAGCACCACUCAUACAACGACAAUAUCCUUCAUGCAAGACAAUCACACAGUAUCUUCUCCGAGUACCUUACAGCAUGCCGAAACUUCCACGAUAUACAUCGAACACGACACUGCCAAAGAGACUCAAGAAUUUAGCACUGCCGAAACUGCACUGCCACACACGACUGAGUCGUAUAUGAAAGAUACCACUGCACUAUCGCUAAUUACCUUAAAAACUCCGACGAAUGAGUCGGUCACCGAUAACACGAGCACUCCUCACGAAGGCAUUGCUGUUUCUACCAUGAAAUCCUUUAUUACUGAACAGUACACCACACUACGUCAUACGACAGAAGAAUACUCGACAGAACAAAUCGGUACGUCGGAACAGCCUACAGAACGAUAUACCACCACGAAGCAAUAUACUACGUCCGGACAAUCCACAGAGGAAACUUCCACCACGGAACUUUAUAGCACAUCUAGAUAUCCUACAGAAGGAUAUUCUACUACAGAACAAAGUUUCACCUCAGAACACUACACAACAGCUAAACAGCCUGCAGAAGAGAUCUCGACUGCAGAAGGAUAUACUACCACGAAACAAUAUACUACAUCCGAACAAUCCACAGAGAAAACUUCCAGUACGGAAUCUUACAGCACAUCUGGAUAUUCUACAGAAGAAUAUUCUACUACAGAACAGAGUUUUACUUCAGAACAGUACACAACAGCUAAACAGCCUGCAGAAGAGAUCUCGACUGCAGAAGGAUAUAUUACCACGAAGCAACAUACUACAUCCGAACAAUCCACAGAGAAAACUUUCACUACGGAAUCUUACAGCACAUCUGGAUAUUCUACAGAAGGAUAUUCUACUACAGAACAGAGUUUGACUUCAGAACAGUACACAACAGCUAAACAGCCUGUAGAAGAGAUCUCGACUACAGAAGGAUAUACUACCAUGAAGCAAUAUACUACAUCCGAACAAUCCACAGAGAAAACUUCCAGUACGGAAUCUUAUAGCACAUCUGGAUAUCCUACAUCUGGAUAUCCUACAGAAAGAUAUUCUACUACAGAACAGAGUUUUACUUCAGAACAAUAUACAACAGCUAAACAGCCUACAGAAGAGAUAUCGACUGCAGAAGGAUAUACCAGCACGAAGCAAUACACUACAUCCGAACAAUCCACAGAGAAAAUUUCCAUUACGGAACCUUACAGCACGUCUGGAUAUCCUACAGAAAGAUAUUCUACUACAGAACAGAGUUUUACUUCAGAACAGUAUACAACAGCUAAACAGCCUACAGAAGAGAUUUCGACUGCAGAAGGAUAUACUACCACGAAGCAAUAUACUACAUCCGAACAAUCUACAGAGAAAACUUUCACUACGGAAUCUUACAGCAUAUCUGGAUAUCCUACAGAAGGAUAUUCUACUACAGAACAGAGUUUUACUUCAGAACAGUACACAACAGCUAAACAACCUACAGAAGAGAUCUCGACUACAGAAGGAUAUACUACCAUGAAGCAAUAUACUACAUCCGAACAAUCCACAGAGAAAACUUCCAGUACGGAAUCUUAUAGCACAUCUGGAUAUCCUACAUCUGGAUAUCCUACAGAAAGAUAUUCUACUACAGAACAGAGUUUUACUUCAGAACAAUAUACAACAGCUAAACAGCCUACAGAAGAGAUAUCGACUGCAGAAGGAUAUACCAGCACGAAGCAAUACACUACAUCCGAACAAUCCACAGAGAAAAUUUCCAUUACGGAACCUUACAGCACGUCUGGAUAUCCUACAGAAAGAUAUUCUACUACAGAACAGAGUUUUACUUCAGAACAGUAUACAACAGCUAAACAGCCUACAGAAGAGAUUUCGACUGCAGAAGGAUAUACUACCACGAAGCAAUAUACUACAUCCGAACAAUCUACAGAGAAAACUUUCACUACGGAAUCUUACAGCAUAUCUGGAUAUCCUACAGAAGGAUAUUCUACUACAGAACAGAGUUUUACUUCAGAACAGUACACAACAGCUAAACAACCUACAGAAGAGAUCUCGACUGCAGAAGGAUAUACCAGCACGAAGCAAUACACUACAUCCGAACAAUCCACAGAGAAAAUUUCCAUUACGAAACCUUACAGCACGUCUGGAUAUCCUACAGAAAGAUAUUCUACUACAGAACAGAGUUUUACUUCAGAACAGUAUACAACAGCUAAACAGCCUACAGAAGAGAUCUCGACUGCAGAAGGAUAUACUACCACGAAGCAAUAUACUACAUCCGAACAAUCCACAGAGAAAACUUCCAGUACGGAAUCUUAUAGCACAUCUGGAUAUCCUACAGAAGGAUAUUCUACUACGGAACAGAAUUUCACCUCAGAACGGUAUACAACAGCUAAACAGCCUACAGAAGAGAUUUCGACUGUAGAAGGAUAUACCACUACGAAGCAGUACACUACAUCCGAACAAUCCACAGAGAAAAUUUCCAUUACUGAACCUUACAGCACGUCUGGAUAUCCUACAGAAAGAUAUUCUACUACAGAACAGAGUUUUACUUCAGAACAAUAUACAACAGCUAAACAGCCUACAGAAGAGACUUCGAUUAUAGAAGGACACAGUACUCCUGAAUAUCCCACAUCAGGAUAUUUUACAACAGAACAGUUCAGUACAUCGCAACAGCCUGCAGAACAGUAUACUACUUCGGAACAAUACACUACAGCUGGACAACGAAUAUUCACUGCAGAAUAUCCUAGUACAACCGAAUAUUCUAUAAAAGAGCAUUCAACAACGGAACAGUUCAGUACAUCAGGGCAAUAUACCACGCCUGAACAGCUUACAGAACAAGCCUCGAGUACACAACAAUAUGUAACCUCUCAAUACUCGACAGAAGAGCCUUUUAUAACAGAACAGUUCAAUACAUCACAACAGCCUACAGAACAGUACACUACGACUGGACAAAUCUUUACUACAGUAUAUCAGAGCACUGAGUAUCCUACAAAAGAGUACUCUACUACUACGAAAAAACUUAGCACGUCAGAGCAGCCCACAGAACGAUACACUACACCUGAAGAGCACAUUUCGACUACAGAACAAUAUAGCAUUCCGAAAUAUUCUACGGAAUAUUCUACAACAGAACAGCCUACUGAGCAAUACAUUACCUCAAAAUCGCACACUACCACUGAACAAUUCCGGGAACAGAGCUCUACUACGAUAUCUUCCAGUACAUAUGAGUAUCCCACAAAGGAAUACUCUACCACAGAACAGCCUACCACGUCCACACGGUUGCCCUUCACUACGAUACAGCAUAGUAUAAUUGAAUAUUUCACAGAAGACCAUUCCACCGUAAUAGGACAACUUGCUACAACCGAACAAUCUACAGAACGAUAUACGACGACUCCUCGAAGUAUUUCAACAGAGUAUUCUACGACAGAACAAUAUUCCACAGAACAAUCCACCAUAUCUGUACAGGUUACCCGGAAUAAAACAGAUAUGGUCUGUGAUAUAGAUAGCGACUGUACCGAAUGCGAGGCUUGCAUCAAUCGUUUGUGUCGCAAUCCCUGCCAAACUGGUAACCCCUGUCCAGAGAGCGUAAUAUGCGACGUUACAAAUCACCGGCCUAUGUGCUUAGACUCGAGUAUCAAGCAGAGUACGUCUAAUUGUAGCAUACUCCCAGACGUGAAAUGUGCCACGCACAGCGACUGCCCGGUACAACUGGCAUGCGUGAAUCAGCAGUGCUUAAAUCCUUGUACCUUGGGCAAUCCAUGUGACUUCAUCGAAAUAUGUCAUGUCCAGGAUCAUAGACCGGUCUGCGUGAAAUUGGACACCAACGAGGCGGAGUGCCCGUAUUGUCCACCUGGUAUGCAGUGCGACUCAGCGACCAACACUUGCGUCAAAGCGGGUUGCACUAGCAACAGGGAUUGCCCUUUGACAGAGGCGUGCAUUGGGCAUACUUGUCAGGAACCAUGUUUAGUUCGGAAUCCUUGCGCGGAACAUGCGAUUUGUAUUAAUACGAAUCACGGAGCAGACUGUAUCUGCGAGGAAGGCUAUCACGGGAACGGAUUCUCCUAUUGCGAUUUGCUGGAAGAAGGCAAGAAUAUUUGUCAAUACAACGAGGACUGUCCACCAAACAAAUAUUGCGAUCGACUCAACAGACUGUGCAUCAAUCCUUGUGCCGAGUUUGAUUGCGGAGAAAAUGCAAAGUGUGUGUCUACCAACCGCGAGGCACAGUGUAUUUGUUUGCCAGGAUACCAAGGAAAUCCCCAUAUCGGCUGCCAAGAGAUACUGACUUCCGAUCCUUGCGUGCCAAAUCCGUGUGGUCUGAACGCAUUGUGUGAGAACGACAAUGGAAAUCCCGUCUGUUUUUGCCCGAAAGGUUUAACCGGCAGUCCGUUCGAACAAUGCAUUCCAGAAGGCGACCAAUGCGAAGGCAAUCCCUGCGGCAUUAACUCUGGAUGCCGAGUGGUGGGCGGACAGGUGAAAUGCUUUUGUUUGCCAGGAUACGAAGGAGACCCGCCACUUUCUCUUUGCGUACUUCCCAGCACUUCCUGCGAUCCUUCUCCGUGCGGCCCUAAUACCCGCUGUACGGUGUUGAGCAAUGGUUUCGCGAAAUGCACCUGUCUACCAGGAUACAUCGAGAGCCCUAACACGAUCAGAGGAUGUGUACCUAAGACCGAUCAAUGCGAAUCUAACCCUUGUGGCUCUGGGGCAGCAUGCAACAGCACGAGAGUACCACCUUGCUACUGUCCGGAUCUCAUGGUCGGAAAUCCAUACAAGAGCUGCGGAGUACGACCAUCUGAAACGUACGAUCCCUGCUUAUUGGCACCCUGUGGCAAAAAUGCUAUUUGCACCUCGUUUGAUGGCGUGGCUAAAUGCACAUGCGUACCGCCAUUCGUCGGCAAUCCCUAUGUGGACGGCUGCGAGGCUGAAUGUAUUGUUAGUCGUGACUGCGAGAAUCAUUUAGCCUGUUUCAAUCAGCACUGUAAAGACCCAUGCCCAGGCGUAUGCGGCGCUAAUGCACGUUGCGAGGUCGUCGAUCACCUUCCAAUGUGUUCCUGCUUACCAGGAUAUACUGGCGACCCGUUCAGAUCUUGCAAAGUAGAAAAACCUUUAGUGCCAGAUCAAAAUUCAUGUAUGCCAUCGCCAUGCGGACCACACAGUAUCUGCCGUGUAAUGAACGACCGUGCGGUGUGCUCCUGCAGUCCUGGUUAUCAAGGCACACCUCCGCAUUGCCGUCCUGAGUGUCUCGUCAGCACGGAAUGUCCGACUCAUUUGGCUUGUAUCAAUCAAAAGUGUAACGACCCUUGCCCGGGCUUGUGCGGUUUGAAUGCUCAUUGCCAGGUCCUCAAUCACAAUCCUAUUUGUAGUUGUCCUCGUCAAUACGUCGGUGAUCCGUUCACGCAAUGCGUCAAGGAAGAACCUUUACCUCCGACCACGAAUCCUUGCUUGCCAUCGCCUUGCGGGCCGAACGCGGACUGCCGUGUUCAAGAGGACCACCCUAUAUGUACAUGUAUUAGCGGCAUGUUCGGGGCACCGCCAAACUGCAGACCGGAGUGUGUGAUCGAUCAAGACUGUGCCAGUUCCUUAGCAUGUAUUCAGAAGAAAUGUCUGGAUCCGUGCAUCGGAUCCUGUGGAUUCAACACAAAUUGUACAGUGCAAAAUCACCGACCUAUGUGCCAUUGUUACGACGGUUACGAGGGAGAUCCUUUCUCAGGCUGUGCUAAAGUAGUGUUCCCGGUGCAAAUGCCGUGCGAUCCAUCGCCGUGUGGCGCGAAUGCCGUGUGCAAAGAGCGCAAUGGAGCGGGCUCUUGCACUUGCUUGCCCGACUACACUGGCGACCCAUACGAAGGUUGCCGGCCGGAAUGUGUACAGAAUUCGGAUUGCGCUCACACGAAAGCCUGCAUCAACAACAAGUGCAAGGAUCCAUGCAUUGGAGCGUGCGGGAUCAACGCGCAGUGCCAGGUUUAUAAUCACCAGCCGUCAUGUAGUUGCCUCUUCGGCCACACUGGGGACCCGCUUAAAUCUUGUCACGUGCCGAUAGAACCUCCAGUGCCAGAUAAUACGUGCCAACCGUCCCCCUGUGGGCCGUAUAGCAACUGCCGUGUUAUCGAUAAUCACGCGGUCUGCUCUUGCCAGCCUAAUUAUAUCGGCAGCCCGCCGUCUUGUCGGCCGGAAUGCGUAGUCAGCACAGAUUGUGGCGCGAACGCGGCCUGCAUCAAUCAGAGAUGCAAGGAUCCGUGUCCUGGCACGUGCGGCGUGAAUGCGGAAUGCCGGGUGAUCAAUCAUAAUCCAGUUUGCAUUUGCGCGAUUGGGUACAGCGGCGACCCGUUCUUCGGUUGUGUUAAAGAAGAGGUAACAUCGACACCGAAACCGAGUGGCAAUCCGUGUGUUCCAUCGCCUUGUGGCCCGAACUCCCAGUGUCGAGUGAUCGACGGCUUCCCGGCGUGCUCUUGUCUGCCGAAUUACGUGGGCCGUGCGCCGAAUUGUCGUCCCGAAUGUGUUAUAAACGAAGGAUGUCCUGGCAACUUGGCGUGUCAGAACGAACAGUGCGUCGAUCCGUGUCCAGGCUCUUGCGGCGUGAACACCAACUGUAACGUCGUGAAGCACAACCCUGUUUGUAUCUGCAACGAGGGUUACACGGGCAAUCCCUUCACGGAAUGCACACUCAUCAUGGAUGAACCUAUCACAACGGUGCGGUAUACCACACCGUGCAACCCGUCACCAUGCGGCGCUAAUGCCGUGUGCAACGAGCGGAAUGGCGUCGGAUCUUGCACGUGCCUACCGCAAUACUUCGGCGACCCGUACAUUGCCUGUAGGCCCGAGUGUGUGACCAAUGCCGACUGUGACCGCAGUAAAGCCUGCUUAAACAACAAAUGUGUGAAUCCAUGUCCCGGAACCUGUGGCCAGGGUGCCACAUGCCGCGUCGUCAAUCACGCCCCGUCAUGCUCCUGCUUGCCGGGUUACACCGGCGACCCGGUGAACGGUUGCACGGUAAUGGAUGUGACACCAUUGCCGCCGCCAAUAGAUCCCUGUGACCCGUCGCCGUGCGGACCUAACAGCAAUUGCCGGACGCAGAACGGACACGCGGUGUGUUUGUGCCAGCCAGGAUUCUCCGGAAUCCCUCCAACCUGCCGACCUGGUUGUAUUGUCAGCUCUGAGUGCCCGCAGAACAAAGCGUGCAUCGACAACAAGUGUGCGGACCCGUGUCCAGGUUCUUGCGGGCAGAACACCAAUUGCCUCACGGUUAACCACAAUCCCAUCUGUAGCUGCGCUAACGGCUACGCCGGCGAUCCGUUCGUGCACUGUUUCAAGAUCAGCACCGUGCCGCCAUUGCCGAAGGGCGAUGGAGACCCGUGCUCGCCGAAUCCAUGUGGUCCGAACUCGCAGUGCAAGGUUAUUGGCUUGCAUCCCGCCUGCUCUUGCCUGCUGAAUUAUAUUGGCCGGCCGCCAAAUUGCAGGCCUGAAUGUACCGACAACUCGGAGUGCCUCAGCACUGCUGCAUGCAUCAACCAGAGAUGCAAGAAUCCUUGUCCAGGCACUUGCGGCGACCUCGCCAGAUGCACCGUGCAAAACCACAAUCCGAUUUGCACUUGUCCGGAGGGCUACGAGGGUGACGCCACCGUGCGCUGCGAUCUCGCGCCACCGCCAGCGACAGACAAGUCCAUCCCGAAUCCAUGCUCGCCAAAUCCUUGCGGACCGAAUGCACAAUGUCGCGAAAGAAACGGAGCUGGCGCUUGUGGAUGUCCGCCGGAUCUGAUAGGUGAUCCUUACGACAUUAUCAAGGGAUGUCACAGGGAAUGUGAAACGAAUAACGACUGUGCACCGCAACUGGGAUGCGUCGGCUUCAAGUGCACAGAUCCUUGUCCCAACACAUGUGGAACAUUGUCCAUAUGUAACGUGCAAGCGCACGUUCCUGUUUGCCUGUGCCCGCCAGGAUACACGGGAGAUCCUUACUUCGCCUGUGAAAUUGUGGAGGUCAAACAACAAGCGGAACCAUGUACCCCGUCGCCUUGUGGACCCAACAGUAAAUGCCGAGUAGUCAAUGGUCAAGCUGUGUGCACUUGUCUACCAGAGUACAGGGGUAUUCCACCAUCAUGCAGACCAGAAUGUAUUGUUAACGCAGAGUGUCCACCGCAUUUGGCAUGUGUGAACAAGAAAUGCGCGGAUCCUUGUCCGAAUACCUGUGGACUCAGAGCGCAAUGCACUACGAAGAAUCACAACCCGAUCUGCACUUGCCCAUCCGGUUUCACGGGCGAUCCUUUCACCCUGUGUUCGCCACACAUUCCAGAAGACUUACCGAUAACGGAACGACCACCGUCUUGCACUCCAUCGCCUUGCGGUCCGAAUUCUUUAUGCCAAAUAAUAUCCGGCAAUCCUGCGUGUUCUUGCCUGCCAAAUUAUAUCGGCAUGCCGCCGCAGUGUAGACCAGAGUGUAUCUUAAGCUCCGAGUGUAAGAGUCAUCUGGCAUGUGUCAAUCAGAGAUGUGCAGAUCCAUGUCCGGGUUCGUGCGGAGUAAAUGCUCAAUGCCACGUGCUGAAUCAUUUGCCGGUCUGUACAUGCAUGGAAGGCUUCACGGGAGAUCCGUUCACGCAGUGCAGCGUUAUCCCGACAGUCACAAUAGCACCGUCCACCGAUCCUUGCGCUCAAUCUCCUUGCGGCCCGAACGCAAUAUGCGACAAUGGUGAAUGUAGAUGUCUGCCCGAAUAUAUCGGCAACCCCUACGAGGCCUGCCGUCCGGAAUGCAUUCUGAACUCUGAGUGUCCUCGCGACAAAACAUGCCUGAAGAACAAAUGCCAAGAUCCUUGCCCCGGAAUUUGCGGUCAAAACGCGCAAUGCGAUGUAGUGAACCAUAUUCCCGUCUGUUCCUGUCCAUCUGGAUACGUAGGUGAUCCUUUCGUCAGCUGUCGCGUGCAGCCUACAGUGCCACUACCUCAGAGGGAUCCAUGUACACCUUCGCCUUGCGGACCGAACAGUCAAUGUCGCAAUAUCGAGGAUCACGCCGUAUGCUCUUGCCUCCGCGGAUAUCUCGGCUCUCCACCGUCCUGCAGACCGGAAUGUCUCGUUAGCUCUGAGUGUCCACCGACGAGAGCCUGCGUCAAUAAAAAGUGCACGGAUCCAUGCUUGGGCUCCUGCGGCCUGAACGCAAGGUGCGAAGUGAUCAACCAUUCGCCAAUAUGCAGCUGCUUACCUGGACAGACUGGAGAUCCGUUCAAGAGUUGUUACGACAUGCCAAUACCGCCAGAGCCGAAAGAUCAGGGUGAUCCUUGCAAUCCUUCACCGUGCGGGCCAAACGCUCAAUGUCAGAACGCAAACGGACAACCAUCGUGUUCGUGUCUACCCACGUAUAUCGGCACUCCGCCAGCGUGUCGGCCCGAAUGCUUAAUCAACCCUGAUUGCCCUCCGGAAAAAUCCUGCAUAAACAUGAAGUGCAAGGAUCCCUGCCCAGGAUCCUGCGGUGACAACGCAGAGUGCAAGGUGGUGAAUCACGCAGUCACUUGUUCCUGCAAGAUCGGAUACACGGGCAAUCCGUUUGUGCAAUGCGUGCUGGAAGAGGAAACGAUCAAUCCCUGCGAGCCUUCGCCAUGCGGAGCCAAUGCGAUAUGUCAGCAACGGGAUAACGCGGGUGCCUGUAUCUGCAUCGACGAUUACCACGGCAAUCCUUAUGAAGGCUGUCAACCCGAGUGCGUUCUCAGCGCGGAUUGUCCGACAAACAAAGCCUGCGUACGUAACAAGUGCAAGGAUCCUUGUCCGGGCGUGUGCGGCGUUCGUGCGCAGUGUUCGGUCAUUAAUCACAUCCCCACGUGCACCUGCGAGCCUGGUUAUAUCGGAGAUCCGUUCACUAUUUGCACCCUUCAACCGGAAGUGGAAACGGAGCCGACUGUCCGCGACCCAUGCUCGCCGACACCUUGUGGACCGAAUAGCCUAUGCCGCGCAGUGAACAAUCAAGCCGUGUGCACGUGUCAGGAGUCCUUCGCGGGUACUCCACCGAAUUGUAAGCCGGAAUGCGUCGUCAACUCGGAGUGUCCACAAAACAGAGCGUGCUACAAGUACAAAUGCACGGAUCCAUGCCCGGGCACUUGCGGCGUGGAAGCCAAUUGUCGCGUCAUCAAUCACAAUCCUCUUUGCAGCUGCCCGCAAGGGAAGACAGGCGAUCCCUUCUCCAGAUGUUUCCCUGAACCAGUUGUGCCAAUGCCACCGGCGGACCCCUGCUUUCCCAGUCCGUGUGGACUUUACGCGGAGUGCAAAGUCGUCAAUGGCCAAGCCGCGUGCAGCUGCUUGAAGAACUACAUAGGCCUACCACCGAAUUGCCGUGCGGAAUGUGUGGUCAAUACAGAUUGUCCGUCGGAUCAAGCCUGCAUCUCAGAGAAGUGUCGAGAUCCUUGCAUCGGUUCCUGCGGCCAAAAUGCCGAUUGCCGCGUUCAGAAUCAUAUACCAGUCUGCUUAUGUCAACCUGGAUACUCUGGCGAUCCUUUCACGUUGUGUACAUUAAUCAUAGAACAACCAAAGGUUCCCGAGGAUCUCUGCAAUCCGUCACCUUGUGGACCUAACGCUGUCUGUAACGAAGGCGUAUGCACGUGCCUUUCUAAUUAUUUCGGAGACCCAUAUUCGUAUUGUAGGCCGGAAUGCACAAUGAAUUCUGAUUGUCCUCGCAUCAAAACAUGCAUCAAUCAGAACUGCGUGGAUCCUUGCCCAGGCACGUGUGGUCGUGAUGCGCGUUGCGACGUGGUCAAUCAUGUACCAAUGUGCAGCUGUCCAGCCGGUUAUACUGGAAAUCCGUUCCUUCUGUGCCGAUCAUUCAUACCGGAUGACAGUAUCAAGCAACCUUGUACACCUUCGCCUUGUGGGCCAAACAGCGUCUGCAAAGUUGUAAACGAUCAUGCUGUCUGUUCCUGCCAGCCUGGCUUAGUCGGUAGUCCACCCGCCUGCAAGCCAGAAUGCGUCGUCAGUGCGGACUGCCCAUUGACACAAGCAUGUCUGAAUAACAAAUGUCAAGAUCCGUGUCCAGGCACCUGCGGACAGAACACUAAUUGCCAAGUAGUCAAUCACAAUCCAAUAUGCAGUUGUGCUGAGUCUUACACGGGCGAUCCCUUCACCAUAUGUUAUCCGCAACCGAAAACACCGCCAGUGCCGACGAAUCCGUGCCAACCGUCGCCUUGUGGUCCCAACGCGGAAUGUCAAGUGAGGGGUGAUAGUCCCGCGUGUUCGUGCAUCGAGAAUUACGUUGGCCUGCCGCCGAAUUGCAGGCCGGAGUGCACGAUUAACCCGGAGUGUCCGCCGCAGUUAGCAUGUAUGCAGCAAAAAUGUCGCGAUCCAUGUGUCGGUUUGUGCGGUCUGAAUGCUCAGUGUUCGGUAGUGAAUCAUCAUGCGGUUUGCGCGUGCAUCGCCGGGUACACCGGAAAUCCGUUCAGCGCCUGUCAACAAACACCUGAGGAUACGCUCGUAGAUAUUAGAAAACCAUGCGAGCCUUCCCCAUGCGGUAUAAACGCAAUUUGCCGCGAGAACAAUGGCGUCGGCUCAUGCACCUGUCCACCGGACUACUUAGGCGACCCCUACACGGAAUGCAGACCCGAGUGCACGCAAAAUUCCGACUGUUCGACGAGAAUGUCAUGCGUCGCCCUGAAAUGCAGAGAUCCUUGCCCAGGCACAUGCGGAAUGAACGCCCAGUGCCAAGCGGUUAAUCAUCUGCCGAUGUGCACUUGCAUUCCUGGCUAUACCGGCAAUCCCUUCACGUACUGUUCCCCGAUAGUCGAGACCCCCCUCCCAGAGACAGACCCAUGCAGUCCAUCCCCAUGUGGACCGAACAGUAAGUGUCAGAAUACAAACGGUCUCGCCGUGUGCACCUGUCUCCCGAACUUUAUCAGCAGCCCUCCCAACUGCCGAGCUGAAUGCGUGGUGAACAGCCAAUGUCCCCUGGAGCUCGCAUGCAUCAAUCAGAAAUGCGCAUCACCCUGCCCGGACCCCUGCGGAAUAAACACUCAAUGCAAAGUUAUCAAUCACAGUCCUAUCUGCGUCUGCAAGCUCAGUUUUACCGGGGAUCCCUUCACGAGGUGUUUCCCUGCACCACAAUCGCCGUUGCCGGAUUAUCCCGUGAUACCCCAAGACCCAUGCAUACCGUCCCCAUGCGGUUUGUAUGCGGAGUGCAGGAAUACUGGUGGCACAGCCUCCUGCUCUUGCCUGCCGACUUACAAAGGCUCGCCGCCAAAUUGCCGUCCCGAGUGUCGUGUGAAUUCUGAUUGUCCGAUGAAUUUCGCUUGCAGCAAUGAAAAGUGCAGAGAUCCCUGUUUAGGCUCGUGCAGCAUCACUUCCUUGUGCAGCGUGUACAAUCAUGUACCCGUGUGCACCUGUCCCGAAGGAUACACUGGCGAUCCCUUCAAUAAUUGCUAUCCCAGACCGAUCACAACAGCGCCUACAAUUAUCGAUCCCUGCGAUUUGAAUCCAUGCGGAUCAAAUGCGCGAUGCAACAACGGUGUUUGCGUGUGCCUGCCCGAAUACCAGGGUGAUCCUUAUGUGGGUUGCCGACCCGAGUGCAUCAUGAACAUCGACUGCGUUCAUGAUCGCGCAUGCAUCCGUAAUAAGUGCGCGGAUCCUUGCCCCGGCACGUGCGGUCGAAAUGCAUUGUGCUCAGUGUACAAUCACAUACCCAUAUGUACUUGUCCUACUGGAAUGGCCGGCAAUGCUUUCGUCCAGUGUUCCAUUGUCGAAGAUACCGUGAAAGGGAACCCUUGUUCACCCUCGCCCUGUGGACCCAACAGUCUCUGCCGAGAGAACAACGGGCAACCAGUGUGCUCCUGCGUCGCCGGAUUCCUCGGUGUACCGCCGACGUGCCGGCCAGAAUGCACCGUCAGUUCCGAGUGUCCGCUGACCGAGGCUUGCAGCAAUCAAAAAUGCAUAAACCCCUGCCUCGGUACAUGCGGAAUUCGAGCUACGUGCCAAGUGAUCAAUCACAAUCCUAUUUGCAGCUGCCCAGCAGAACUCGACGGAGACCCAUUCAUUCGAUGUGUUCCACGACCGCCCAAGCCUGUGGCACAGACAAACCCUUGUGUGCCAUCCCCUUGCGGACCAAAUGCUGAGUGUCGGGUUGUAGGCGACAGCCCUUCGUGCUCUUGUCUAGUCGAAUUCCUAGGCGUGCCGCCGAACUGUAGGCCGGAGUGCGUCAGCAAUAGCGAGUGCCCGUCGCAUUUGGCAUGUAUUAAUCAGAAAUGCAAAGAUCCAUGCGAAGGUUCAUGCGGCGCCAAUGCCGAAUGUCGCGUAGUGAGCCAUACACCCAUGUGCGUUUGUCCCAGUGAUUUCACCGGCGAUCCAUUCACGCAGUGUACAAUCAAGCCACCCACACCGAUCGCGGUAUCGCCCUGUAAACCGUCACCUUGCGGUUUUAAUGCCGUCUGCAAAGAACAAUAUGGCGCCGGAUCUUGCUCUUGUUUGGCUGAUUAUAUCGGUAAUCCUUACGAAGGAUGUCGACCGGAAUGCGUUAUCGACACGGAUUGUAUAUCCACCCUUGCUUGCAUACAAUCCAAGUGUCAGGAUCCAUGCCCCGGCACUUGUGGACAGUUUGCUGAGUGCCAAGUUAUUAACCAUCGACCCAUUUGCACGUGUAUUCCCGGUUAUAGCGGCAAUCCUUUCCAGUACUGUGCUGUGAUUCGCGAUAUUGUUGAAACUCCGAAGGAUGUCUGUAAUCCAUCGCCUUGCGGGCCCAACAGUCAGUGUCGCGUUAAUAACGAUCAAGCGGUCUGCUCUUGUCUGCUGACUUACAUCGGUAGUCCACCUGCGUGUCGCCCCGAAUGCGUUACGAGCCCGGAUUGCUCGCUGACGCUUGCUUGCGUAAAUCAAAAAUGCCAAGAUCCUUGUCCCGGCUCCUGCGGCAAGAACUCAAAUUGCAAGGUCGUCAAACACAAUCCAAUCUGCUCCUGCAGGAAUGGCUAUACCGGGGAUCCAUUUACCGUUUGUUUCCAAACGCCUGUGAGCCCGCCCGUUAUAAGUGACGUCGUGAGAGACCCAUGCAUACCGUCACCUUGUGGCGCGUUCUCCGAAUGUCGCGAUAUAGGAGGCGUACCGUCGUGUUCUUGUUUGCCGACGUAUAGAGGCAGUCCGCCAAAUUGCAAGCCAGAAUGCACCGUCAAUACAGAAUGUCCGGCUAAUAUGGCUUGCAUGCAGCAAAAGUGUAGGGAUCCUUGUCCAGGCUCGUGCGGUAUCCUAGCCGAAUGUAGCGUCGUUAAUCACGUGCCGAUUUGCUCAUGUUUGGCCGGCUACACCGGUGACCCGUUCACCAGUUGCACCUUGAACCCAACUGUCAGUCCCGUCGAAAAGGAUCCAUGCGCACUUACACCUUGCGGAUCCAAUGCACAGUGCGACAGAGGAGUCUGCACUUGUCUAGCGGAGUAUUUCGGGGACCCUUACAGCGGCUGUCGACCAGAAUGCGUGUUGAACAACGAUUGCACGAAUACGCGAGCAUGUGUGCGAAACAAAUGUGUGGACCCUUGUCCAGGUGUUUGCGGCCAAAAUGCUGUGUGCAAUGUGUACAAUCACGUGCCCAUGUGCAGUUGCCCCGCAGGCAUGGAUGGAAACGCUUUCGUUUUAUGCUCUCCCGUUCCAGCACCCACUACUCGAGACCCAUGCAAUCCAUCUCCAUGUGGUCCGAACAGUCAAUGUCGACAGAAUAAUAUGCAAGCCGUGUGUAGUUGUAUAAGCGGCUUUAUUGGAGCGCCGCCGACUUGCAGACCCGAGUGUGUAAUCAGCUCGGACUGUGCAAAGAACGAGGCGUGCACCAAUCAGAAAUGCCAGGAUCCUUGUCCCGGAAGUUGCGGACGCAAUGCGAUCUGCAACGUCAUCAAUCACAAUCCCGUUUGCAUAUGCCGCGCUGGAAUGACCGGGGAUCCGUUUAUCAAUUGCUUCCCAAAUCCUGAGAAUCCUUUACCCGUGGUCAAUCCUUGUCAACCGUCGCCUUGUGGACCGAAUUCGCAAUGCCAAGUGGUCAAUGACCAACCGUCUUGCUCAUGUUUACAAGAAUUUAUCGGAUCACCGCCGAAUUGUCGGCAUGAGUGCGUCAGCAACGGCGAGUGCUCAAAUAAAAUGGCCUGUGUCAACCAGAAAUGUCGCGAUCCAUGUGUCGGCGCAUGUGGAAUCAACGCCGUUUGCAACGUUGUUAGCCAUACACCUAUGUGCGCGUGCACGACUGGUUACACUGGUGAUCCGUUUACGCAAUGCUCUCCGCAACAAUUCGACAUACAGCCUAGUAUACCGACACCGUGCACACCCUCUCCGUGCGGUGCGAAUGCAGUCUGCAGAGUCCAGCAGAAUGCGGGCUCUUGCACAUGUUCGGUCGAUUACAUCGGUAACCCUUACGAAGGGUGCAGGCCCGAGUGCACGCUCAAUUCCGACUGUCCAUCCAAUCAAGCUUGCAUCGGUAUGAAGUGUAAAGACCCGUGUCCAGGAACUUGCGGCCAGAACGCGCAGUGUUACGUGAUCAAUCACGCUCCAACUUGCACUUGCUUCGAACGAUAUACGGGAAAUCCAUUUAUAUUCUGCAAUCUUAUCGUCGAAACUCCGGUUGUGUCAGAUAAUGUCAAUCCUUGCGAGCCGUCCCCUUGCGGGCCAUAUAGUCAAUGCAGAGAAAGCAACGGCCAAGCCGUUUGCUCAUGCCUUCCGACUUACGUAGGCGCACCGCCUGGUUGUAGACCAGAGUGCACGGUUAGCACGGAUUGCGCGACAAAUCUCGCCUGUGAGAAUAACAAGUGCGUUGAUCCAUGUCCAAACUCGUGCGGUCAAGGAACGACAUGCCGGGUUGUGAAUCAUAGCCCGAUAUGCAUGUGCAAAGCCGGAUUCAGCGGCGAUCCAUUUACGCGCUGCUCGUUCAUUCCACCCGUCCCGUUACCAAGUCCACCUUCGGACCCUUGCUUCCCAUCUCCGUGCGGGCCUAAUUCGCAAUGUCGCAAUGUCAACGGUUACCCGUCGUGCUCUUGUAUGAUUAAUUACAUCGGUAGUCCACCGAACUGUCGGCCUGAAUGCGUCAUACCUGCCGAUUGUCCGAGUAAUCAGGCUUGCAUUCGCGAAAAGUGUCAGGACCCCUGUCCAGGCUCUUGCGGUCUGUACGCCGAUUGUACCGUUCACAACCACAUCCCAACCUGCAGAUGCAUAGAAGGUUACACUGGCGAUCCAUUUAUCGGUUGUCAACCUGUACCAAUCAAAGUCGAAGAGCCAGUGAUCGAUCCGUGCAGUAAGUCACCUUGCGGAUCGAAUGCUCGAUGCAACAAUGGCCUUUGCACUUGCAUUCCCGAAUACUUCGGCGAUCCAUAUGCCGGUUGUCGACCAGAAUGCGUGCUCAGUGCAGACUGCUCGACUGACAAGGCGUGCAUACAAAAUAAAUGCGUAGACCCUUGUCCGGGCACUUGCGGACGAAACAGCCUGUGCAACGUCAUUAAUCACACGCCGAUGUGUAGUUGCCCUCACGGCACCAUCGGGAACGCGUUCAUUUCUUGCGACGCUAUGAAAGUUCCGUCGGAAACGAGACCAUGCAACCCGAACCCCUGCGGACCUAACAGUAUAUGCCGGGAGUCGAACGGACACGCCGUAUGCACCUGCGCCCCCGAAUUCCUUGGCUCACCGCCCCUCUGCCGACCCGAGUGCACCCUUAGCUCUGACUGCCGACAGAACGAAGCUUGCGCCAAUCAGAAGUGUAAAGACCCUUGUCCCGGUACAUGUGGCAUCCAAGCGAGAUGCGUGGUCGUCAACCACAAUCCUGUGUGUUCAUGCCCCGAACGCUACACGGGCGACCCCUUCAUCAGAUGCACCAUGCUAACUAUACCUCCAGUACCGUUGGAGCCUAUAAAUACAUGCCAACCUUCGCCCUGUGGUCCGUACGCUGCGUGCCAGGUCAUAAACGAUUUGCCCUCCUGUUCAUGCCUACCCGAGUAUAAAGGUUCGCCCCCGAACUGCCGGCCCGAGUGUAUUUCCAAUCCCGAGUGCCCCAGCCACCAAAGUUGCGUGCGGCAAAAGUGCAAGGACCCUUGCCCAGGUCUAUGUGGGGAGAGUGCGGAGUGCCACGUGGUGCAGCAUGUGCCACAUUGCGUGUGUUCAUACGGUCUCACUGGUGACCCAUAUACGCGCUGCUCGGUGAUACCGAGCAAGGUGGAGCCGAAGCCUUCGCCAUGCGCGAUCUUUGAGUGUGGCGCGAACGCGAUAUGUAGGGAGCGAGACGGCGUCGCAGUUUGUCAAUGCACUUCUAGUUACAUUGGCAAUCCUUACUUGGCAUGCCGACCCGAAUGCGUCAUUAAUCCUGACUGUCCGUCCAAUUUGAUGUGCGUGAGAAACAAAUGCGUGAAUCCCUGCGCGGGCAUGUGCGGUCGGAACGCCGAAUGUUCGGUUGUCAAUCAUCAACCGAUGUGUACGUGCUUACCAGGAUACACCGGAGAUCCCUUCAGCAAUUGUUUCGUAGAUCAAAUAGUCAAAGACGAAAAUGUUUGCUCCCCGUCGCCUUGCGGACCCAACAGCAAAUGCAAAGAGGUAUCCGGACAGGCGGUCUGCUCGUGUCUGCCAACUUACGUUGGAACUCCACCUGCGUGUAGACCCGAAUGCGUCGCUAGCUCAGAAUGUCCCUCGCAGUUAGCGUGCAAGGAUUAUAAAUGCGUGAACCCUUGCCCGAGCCCGUGCGGACUUAAUACCAAUUGCGUGGUCGUUAAUCACAGCCCCAUCUGCAGUUGUAUGCCUAGUUACAGCGGAGAUCCUUUCACCAUAUGUACAUCGAUUCCACCUGUGACUCCACCGGGCCCGAUAGAGAGAGAUCCAUGUGUGCCAUCCCCGUGCGGUAGUUUCUCCCAAUGUAGAAACAUCGGCGGCUCGCCCGCGUGUACCUGCUUGGAGAAUUACAUGGGUCAACCGCCUAAUUGCAGACCUGAAUGCACCAUACACUCAGAGUGCUCGAGUGAUAAGGCCUGCGUCAACAUGAAGUGCAUGGAUCCCUGCCUGGGUUCGUGCGGUACCAAUGCCCUGUGCUCGGUGAUUAACCACAUACCCACGUGCAGAUGUCCCGAGGGUUACACUGGCAACACGUUCACUCUUUGCGAGUUGUUGCCAGAGACACCGGCCCCAUCACCAGUCGAAGACGCCUGUGUCCCGUCACCCUGCGGUCCCAACGCGGAAUGCUCUGACGGUAUCUGUACUUGUCUCCCGGAGUUUCGAGGAGAUCCCUUCGUAGGUUGUCGGCCGGAAUGCGUUCUGAAUACCGAUUGCCCCCGUGACAGAGCGUGCAUGCGUAACAAGUGCGUGGAUCCCUGCCCGGGAGCUUGCGCUAUUAACGCUCUAUGCACUGUGAUCGGUCACGUUCCCAUGUGCAGUUGCCCUGGAAAUAUGACCGGCAACGCGUUCAGCCAAUGCACGCCCAUACAAGACAUGAUAUCUGCUAAUCCUUGCGGCCUGUCACCCUGCGGACCCAACAGUGAAUGCCGUGUUGUAAACAAUCAAGCAGUCUGCUCCUGCAUAAGAGGAUACUUAGGUAGUCCUCCGACCUGCAGGCCUGAAUGCAUAGUCAGUACGGAUUGCCCGCAGAACGAGGCAUGUAACAACCAGAAGUGCACGAACCCUUGCCUGGGAAGUUGCGGAAUCGGCGCGUUAUGCCAUGUGGUGAAUCACAAUCCCAUCUGCAGUUGCCCUCCUUCUCAAACGGGUGACCCGUUCGUUAGGUGUAUCAAUCAACCACCGCCCACACCAGCUCCUCCAACACCAUGCGAACCGUCUACCUGUGGCCCCAACUCCAAAUGUCGGCCGUCCGACGGCAUAUCUCUGUGCUCCUGCCUGCCUGGUUUCAUCGGCAGCCCACCUAAUUGCAGAGCGGGAUGCAUCAGUAACAGCGAGUGCGCCAAUCACUUAGCCUGCAUCAAUCAGAAAUGCCAAGAUCCGUGCGUUGGGUCUUGCGGCGCGAACGCCAAUUGCCACGUGGUCAGUCACACCCCAAUGUGCACCUGCGUGAACGGCUAUACUGGCGAUCCGUUCACGCAGUGUGUCUUUAGGGAGCCAACACCAUUGCCACCCACGCCCGUUGAUCCCUGCAUUCCUUCUCCUUGCGGCUCAAAUGCGCUCUGCAAAGAGUUCAACGGAGCUGGUUCGUGCACGUGUCUGCCGAAUUACACCGGUAAUCCAUACGAAGGAUGCAGGCCGGAGUGCGUGUUGAAUACGGACUGCCCCGCGAGUUUGGCCUGCAUAAAUAUGAAGUGCAAGGACCCGUGUCCAGGAUCGUGUGGACGUAAUGCAUUGUGCCAAGUGGUCAAUCACUUGCCAGUCUGUAAUUGUUACCCCCGACAUACUGGCAACGCCUUCCUUUACUGCAACCCGAUAGAGCUAGAAGCAGACAGCGCCAUUAGUCGUCCUUGCGAACCGUCACCCUGCGGACCCAACAGCAAGUGCCGCGUCGUGGAUAACACGAGCGUCUGCACUUGCCUACCCACCUUCUUGGGAAGCCCGCCAAACUGUCGUCCCGAGUGCACGGUUAGCGCCGAAUGCGCUUUCAAUUUGGCAUGUGUCAACAACAAAUGUACCGACCCUUGUCCUGGAUUGUGUGGUUCUAACACAAGAUGCGAGACGAUCCAUCAUAACGCCAUAUGUUCAUGCCGACUUGGCUUCACGGGUGAUCCAUUCGUUGCCUGUUUCGAAAUUCCACCCCCAGAAAAAGAUCGUCCACCUGUGAAUCCUUGUGUACCUUCACCAUGCGGACCUUAUUCGGAAUGCCGCGACAUUAACGGCCAAGCGUCUUGCGCUUGUCUGCCAACGUACAUGGGAACACCACCUAAUUGCAGGCCCGAAUGCUUGAUUAAUUCCGAAUGCCCGAGUAAUCAGGCAUGCAUACAGAGAAAGUGCCGGUAUCCUUGCGAUGGAGUGUGUGGUGUAGGAGCAACUUGUAACGUCAUUAACCACUUACCCACGUGUUCUUGCCCGAGCGGGUUCACUGGGGACCCCUUCGUAAUGUGUAGACCAGUUCCCGAGGAAGAUACAACGCUCAAGCCGACAGACCCGUGCUUAAACUGCGGUGCAAAUACUCAGUGUCUCAAUGGCGUAUGCACCUGUCUUCCUGAAUAUCAGGGGGAUCCGUAUAUGGGCUGUCGUCCAGAGUGUCUCUUAAACCCAGACUGCCCGAGGGAUAAAGCUUGCAUUAAGAACAGAUGUCGCAAUCCAUGUGACGGGAUCUGCGGCUACAAUGCCCUUUGUUCCGUUGUCAAUCAUAUCCCGGUCUGCACUUGCCCGCCAGGAAUGUCAGGCAAUGCGUUUGUAACGUGUUCCCCGAUAGAAGCACCAAUACUGAAAGAUCCAUGCAACCCGACACCGUGUGGACCGAAUAGCCAGUGCCGAAAGAUAAACGAGCAGGCCGUUUGCUCGUGUAUACCCGGAUACCUGGACGCACCGCCCAAUUGCCGAGCCGAGUGCAUUAUCAGUUCCGACUGUCCUGCAAACAUGGCCUGCAAUAAUCAAAAAUGCAUAGAUCCCUGUCCUGGAACGUGCGGUAUUAGAGCUCAGUGCACCGUGGUUAAUCACAACCCGAUCUGUUCUUGCCCCUCUGAAUUGACCGGCGACCCGUUCACACAGUGCAUCUCAAGAUCGGAGCAACCUCCAGCACCCGUAAAUCCCUGCAUCCCAUCUCCGUGUGGACUCAACAGUAGAUGUCAGAUCGUAAAUGACGCGCCCUCGUGCAGUUGCUUGGCAGAGUUCAUCGGUGAACCGCCGAAUUGCAGGCCGGAAUGUGUCAGUAAUAGCGAGUGCUCCACACACUUAGCAUGCAUCAAUCAAAAAUGCCGCGAUCCUUGCCCAGGAUCUUGCGGUGUUAACUCGGACUGUCGAGUGAUCAGUCAUACGUCCAUGUGUGUGUGCAUUGCUGGAUAUGAGGGUGAUCCGUUCGUACAAUGUAACCCCAAGCGAAGCGAAGUGAUGAGCACUGUAAAACCAACCCCGUGUAUUCCGUCGCCCUGCGGCUUCAACGCGGUGUGUCGUGAACUAAACGGCGCUGGUUCGUGCGCGUGUCUACCGGAUUAUAUAGGCAAUCCUUAUGAAGGCUGUCGACCCGAAUGCACGAUGAAUUCCGACUGCACUGCAGAUCGCGCAUGUAUCGGUUCGAAAUGUCAGAAUCCUUGUCCAGGCUUCUGCGGGUAUAACGCGAUUUGUCAAGUGGUCAAUCACGCACCGUUAUGUAUAUGUCAAUCUGGAUACAGCGGCAACCCGUUCAUCUCUUGUAAUAUCGUAGAAGACACGAAGCUAGAGAGUAAUACGUGCAGCCCAUCUCCCUGCGGACUUAACAGCCAAUGCCGUGAAUUGAACAGUCAAGCGAUCUGCUCGUGCUUGCCCACAUUUAUCGGAACCCCGCCAAGCUGUCGGGCUGAAUGCACCGUCAGCUCCGAUUGCCUCCAAAAUCGCGCGUGCAAGAACCGCAAAUGCGUCGACCCGUGUCCGGGUAUCUGCGGUAUCAACGCAAGAUGCGAAGUGAUUAAUCAUAGUCCGAUUUGCAGUUGCAAUCAAGAUUUUACCGGCGAUCCUUUCGUAACGUGCUUCCGGAUAGAAAUAGACAAAGACAUCCCUACGACGCCAACGAAUCCGUGCGUGCCAUCCCCAUGUGGUCCAUUCGCCGUUUGCCGUGAUAGCGGCUACGCUAGUGUCCCUACGUGUACGUGCUUGGAAAAUUACAUCGGUAGCCCCCCGAAUUGCCGGCCAGAGUGUACUGUAGACUCUGACUGCAGCAGUAACAGAGCGUGUCUGCGGCAGAAAUGCAGAGACCCAUGCCCGGGCUCGUGCGGUAUCGGAGCGCAAUGUCUUGUGGUCAAUCAUAUGGCCGUCUGUCUCUGUCCGAAGGGUUACACUGGAGACGCAUUCGCCAACUGCUAUCCCGAACCUCCCCCCGUCAUACCAGUGCCACAAGAUCCUUGUAAUCCGAAUCCGUGCGGAGCGAACGCGAUAUGUCGCGAUGGCAGCUGCUCUUGUCUGCCCGAGUACCACGGCGACCCUUAUUCCGCUUGUCGACCUGAGUGCGUACAGAACCCGGACUGUCCAUUGGACAAAGCCUGCGUGCGCAACAAGUGCUUCGACCCAUGUGUUGGAGCCUGCGGGCAGAACGCAAAGUGCACGGUCAUCAAUCACACCCCGAUGUGCACUUGUCCUGAUGGAAUGUCUGGUAACGCAUUCGCGGUGUGUUACCCGGCUCAAGAUCCCACUGUGGUCGAGAACCCCUGCAACCCAUCACCCUGCGGCCCGAACAGUCGUUGCCAGAGCAUUAACAGUCAAGCAGUGUGCUCAUGCGUGCCUGGAUUUAUAGGAAAUCCGCCGGCCUGUCGGCCUGAAUGCAUAGUCAAUACUGAUUGCGCGUUGAACGAGGCCUGCAUCAACAUGAAGUGCAGCAACCCUUGCUUAGGUGCGUGUGGCAUAUCUGCACGUUGCCAAGUGCUGAACCACAAUCCAAUCUGCAGCUGUCCUCCCGCGUUCACUGGCGAUCCCUUCAUACAUUGUACGCCAAGACCUGAAAACGUGCCGAAACCGGUGAACCCGUGCCAACCUUCACCCUGUGGCCCCAAUGCUCAGUGUCAAGUAGUCAACGACUCACCAUCGUGUUCGUGCAUGCCGGAAUACAUUGGAACGCCACCCAACUGCCGACCAGAGUGCAUCAGUAACAGCGAAUGUCCAAGUCAGCAAGCUUGCAUCAAUCGCAAGUGCAGAGACCCGUGUCCCGGGUCGUGUUUCGCCCUAGCUGACUGUCACGUCGUUAAUCAUGUACCAACUUGCUCGUGUCGCUCCGGAUACACGGGUGAUCCGUUUGUUCAGUGCACGGUCAAGGAGAGCGAGCCGCCAACACCAAGUCGACCCUGCCAACCGUCCCCUUGCGGCACAAACGCCGUGUGUAGAGAGCAAAACGGUGUCGGCUCUUGCACGUGUUUGCCCGAGUAUAUUGGAAACCCCUACGAAGGAUGUCGUCCUGAAUGUACCCUCUCGUCAGACUGUCCCGCGCACUUAGCCUGCAUCGGAUCGAAAUGUCAGAAUCCGUGUCCGGGUUCGUGCGGUGUCAAUACCAAUUGCCAAGUCGUCAACAAUGUGCCCGUUUGCACCUGCAUCUCUGGCUACACUGGCAAUCCAUAUAUAAAUUGCGUUUAUCAGGCUGUCGAGACUCCUGAGGAAGAACGUAAACCUUGCAUACCUUCCCCUUGUGGCCCGAACAGUCAAUGCGCCAAUAACAAUGGUCAAGCGAUCUGCUCUUGUUUGCCCAAAUUCAUCGGAGCCCCGCCAAAUUGUAGACCGGAAUGUUUGGUAAAUUCAGAGUGCGGAUCGAGCCGAGCAUGCGUGAAUCAGAAAUGCGUAGACCCCUGUGUCGGCACUUGCGGCCGCGAAGCUCAAUGCAAAGUCAUACACCACAGCCCGAUCUGCAACUGCCCGAGCGGCUUCACGGGCGAUCCAUUCAUCUACUGCUUCCUAGCGCCAACACCAGAACCAGAAGAUCAAUACCCGAAGGACCCAUGCCUACCGUCACCUUGCGGACCGAACGCUCUGUGUAGAAACAUCGGCAACACACCGGCAUGCAGUUGUAUGCAGAAUUACAUUGGUGUGCCUCCAAAUUGCCGACCCGAGUGCUCGAUCAAUUCAGAUUGUCCUGCCGAUAAAGCUUGUAUGAGAGAGAAAUGCAAGGAUCCCUGUCCGGGAUCGUGCGGCCUCUUGGCGCAAUGCACGGUGAUAAAUCAUACACCGUCCUGCGUGUGUACCGAAGGAUACACUGGCGACCCCUUCGUGAGUUGUAACCCUGCGCCUCAGAAACCUCUACCACCCCCCGACCGGUGCAAUCCAUCACCGUGUGGCCAAAACGCUCGGUGUAACGACGGAGUGUGCACAUGCAUACCUGAAUACUUCGGGGACCCAUUCGUCGGCUGCCGGCCGGAAUGCGUCAUCAACACCGAUUGUUCGCGCGAUAAAGCGUGCAUGCAGCACAAGUGUCGCGAUCCGUGCGCCGGCACAUGUGGCCUCAAUGCAGAAUGCAACGUUGUCAAUCACCUGCCGAUGUGUAGCUGCCCGCGAAACAUGAGUGGCAACGCGUUCAUCUCAUGUACCUCCGUGCAAGAUACGACCAUCUUCGAACCGUGCAACCCGUCCCCAUGCGGCCCGAACAGCCAUUGUCGUGCGUCGAACGGCCAGGCGAUUUGCGCGUGCAUUGCCGGAUUCAGAGGAGUUCCGCCGUCUUGCAGACCGGAGUGUCUCAUUAGCGCCGAUUGCGCCCGCAAUCGGGCCUGCAGCAACCAGAAGUGCAUUGACCCAUGUCUCGGUGCAUGCGGAAUAGCCGCACAGUGCGCCGUAGUGAAUCACAACCCGGUGUGCAGCUGCCAGACACUGUACACGGGCGAUCCAUUCGUCCGCUGCUUCCCGCAACCGAAAGAACCACCGCCACCACCAACCGAUCCUUGCCGACCUUCACCUUGCGGCCCGAACGCGCAGUGUCAAGUCCUCAACGGCGCUCCGUCCUGCUCAUGCUUGCCGCAGUAUAUCGGAAUCCCACCCAACUGUAGACCAGAGUGCGUGAGUAACAGCGAGUGUCCGAGACAACAGGCUUGCAUCAAUCAAAAGUGCAAAGAUCCUUGCCCAGGAUCCUGCGGCAGGAAUGCCGAAUGUAGGACCGUCAGUCACACCCCCAUGUGCAUUUGCGCUGGUGACUUUACCGGAGACCCCUUCAUUCAAUGCAACCCUCGACCGAUUGAAACAUCGCCUGUCCCGUUAAACCCGUGCCAACCAUCUCCCUGUGGUGCGAACGCGAUGUGUCGGGAGGUAUCCAGCUCGGCCUCCUGCAUCUGCUUACCCGACUUCUACGGUAACCCGUACGAAGGUUGUAGGCCCGAGUGCGUGAUCAAUUCCGACUGUAUAUCUAAUCGAGCCUGCAUAAGGAACCGCUGCCAAGACCCUUGUCCAGGAACGUGCGGGGUCAAUGCGAUCUGCGAGGUCAUCAAUCACAUACCGGCGUGCAGCUGUCAGCCAAGGCAUACUGGAGACCCGUUUAGAUAUUGUAUGCCCAUACAAGAUACUCCUCCAGAGCCCGUAGGUGACCCUUGUCAGCCGUCUCCCUGCGGCCCCAACAGCAACUGCUUGAAUCGAAACGGGAAAGCUAGCUGCUCGUGCCUGCCGAGUUACCAAGGAAGUCCUCCCGCAUGUAGACCCGAAUGCGUCAUUAGCACGGAAUGUCCUAUGAAUCGCGCUUGUGUCAAUCAGAAGUGCGUUGAUCCGUGCCCAGGUGUGUGCGGCAUCAACGCCAAGUGCAAUUCCUUAUCCCACAGUCCAUUCUGCAGCUGCGCACCUGGUCAAAUCGGGGAUCCGUUCGUCAAGUGUUUCGACAUGCCUCUGAUACCCGCACCAUCGCAGCAGGCGAACCCCUGCAUUCCGUCGCCCUGCGGCCCGUUCUCCACAUGUCAAGACAGGGGAGGCUAUCCAUCUUGUACAUGUAUGCCCAAUUACAUCGGAUCGCCGCCAUAUUGCCGGGCCGAGUGCUCGAUCGAUUCCGAUUGCACAGGCGACAAAGCUUGCAUACGAGAGAAAUGCAGAGAUCCUUGCCCCGGAUCUUGCGGUUUUAGCGCCCUGUGUACUGUCAUUAACCACACCCCGGCUUGCACAUGUCCCGACGGAUACACGGGCGAUCCCUUCAACAAUUGCUACCCGACACCCAUACAAACACCACCCGCAAAGCCAGACCCGUGCAAUCCGUCACCAUGCGGACCUAACGCCGAAUGCACAGGUAACGGUGUCUGCAGAUGUAUAGCCGAGUAUCGCGGCGAUCCUUACCGGGAAUGUCGGCCGGAAUGCGUGCAGAAUUCCGACUGUCCGUACGAUAAGGCUUGCGCCAACAACAAAUGCGUAAACCCCUGCGUCGGCAUCUGCGGCCAAAACGCGGAGUGUGCGGUCAUCGCGCACAUCGCCACCUGCAACUGCGCUCAGAAUUACGAAGGCGACCCGUUCACCCUAUGCACGCGCGUGAAACCGCGCGUGAAACCGUGCGAGCCAUCUCCCUGUGGACCCAAUAGUGUGUGCCGUGAACUCGGCGAGCAGGCCUCUUGCUCUUGCCUGCCCGGCUACUUCGCAGUUCCGCCGAGCUGUAGACCCGAGUGUCUCGUUAAUACCGACUGCGAGCAGAGCAAAGCCUGCGUGAACACGAGAUGCCGCAAUCCCUGCGAGAACGCGUGCAGCCCGAGUGCACAGUGCGUUGUGCGAAACCACAAUCCUUUUUGCAGGUGUCCCGCUCAGCAUUCCGGCGAUCCGUUCGUCAAUUGCUUCCCCAUAACACCAUCGGACGUAGAACCGUCCAAGGACCCAUGUUACCCCUCGCCGUGUGGACCGAACUCGCAAUGCACAGUAUCCGCCGAUAAUAAACCCUCCUGCUCCUGCUUACUCACUUUCAUAGGAUCUCCGCCCAAUUGUAGACCCGAAUGCCGUGUAAACAACGACUGUCCCGCCAAUCGAGCAUGCAUUAAGCAGAAAUGUACUGACCCGUGCGUUGGAUCGUGCGGACUCAAUGCACUGUGCCAAGUCACUUUGCACCAAGCCCGAUGCACCUGUCCCGAAUCAUACACCGGAGACCCAUUCACAGUUUGUUCUGUGAUACCAUCAACUCCAGCACCGCCGACACCUUUGAGACCAUGCAACCCCUCGCCUUGCGGUAUAAACGCGUACUGCCAUGAGAGAUUCAACACUGCCAUUUGCGAAUGCGUACCAAACUACAGGGGUAACCCGUACCAAGGCUGUCAACCGGAGUGUCUCGUCAACACCGACUGUCCGCAAUCGCAGGCUUGCAUAAGAACUAAGUGUCAAGAUCCUUGUCCUGGUACUUGCGGCGUUGGAGCGAUCUGCACGGUGUCGAAUCAUGUGCCCAUCUGCUCGUGCCCACUACCAACGAUCGGCGAUGCUUUUACGCUUUGUCAAGUUCCCGUGGAAGAUACUAAGGAAACAGAUCCGUGCUACCCUUCACCGUGUGGCCCGAACACUGUUUGCGAGAAAAUCGGUAAUACGGCAAUUUGCAAGUGUCUACCUGGGCUGUUAGGCGUUCCAACGAGCGUCACCGGCUGCCAUCCGGAGUGCAUACUCAGCUCGGACUGUCCAGGCGACAAAGCUUGCAUACAGAGCAAAUGCAAAGACCCUUGUUCUCAAAAUGUAUGUGGCAGCAAGGCGGUGUGCAAGACGAUCAAUCACAGCCCGCUCUGCAGCUGUCCGUCUCCCUUGAUCGGCAAUCCCUUCGAGGAGUGUUACACGAAAAUCGAAACCAACCCCUGUAGCCCAUCACCUUGCAAUUACAACGGUGAGUGCAGAGUGAAGAACGGAGUCGCGGUCUGCAUUUAUCCCGAGUGCGUCAUCAAUUCUGAUUGUCCUCGCGACAAGGCUUGUUUCUCGCAAAAAUGUAGAGAUCCUUGCAUCGGCGCGUGUGGUAUUAAUUCUCUCUGUCAGACCGUUAAUCACAAGCCGGUGUGCUCCUGCCCGGUCGGCUUCACGGGCAACGCACGAGUGCAAUGUACAAUACCAACUCUUGCAGAACCAAUCCCAGAGUGCACUCAGAAUACCGAAUGCUCCAACGACAAGACCUGCUUUAAUCAGAAGUGCGUCGAUCCGUGUACUCUGGACUCCUGUGGCCUCAACAGCCACUGCUACGUGAUAAUGCACAGAGCCAUAUGUGUCUGCAACGAAGGAUUUAGCGGAAACCCUCAGCAAUAUUGCCAUCAGCUCGGUUGUCGCAACGAUAACGAAUGCCCAUUAAUUCAAUCCUGUAUCAACAACGAAUGCAUUGACACCUGCUUGGUAACGCAGUGCGGUCUCAACGCAUUGUGUACCGCCGAUGGAUAUCACAAGACCCGCUGCUAUUGUCCGGAUGGCUACACGGGCAAUCCGUACGAAGUAUGCGAGAGACCGGAAUGUACUAGUGAUAAUGACUGUGCCUCGUUCUUGGCCUGUCGCAAUCUGAAAUGCGUGAAUCCUUGUAACUGUCCGCCACCGACGUUGUGCACUGUCGUCAACCAUCGAUCGAUCUGCAAAUGUCCACCUGGCUAUAUCGGCAAUCCUUACAGUUCAUGUCUUCUGGAACCUCUGGAACCGAAGACCGAAUGCCAAGUUGACGGCGACUGUCCCACCAAGCUGGCAUGUUUCAGUGGUAUAUGCAAAGAUCCGUGCGCAGAAACGAAACCGUGUAUCGCUAGCGCUAGAUGCAGUGUCGUAGAUACUCUACCGAUGAGAACAAUGAUCUGUGAAUGCCUGCCAAACUACGCUGGUGAUGCCACUGUUCUUUGCGUACCAGUGGAGAACCAAAUCAGCGCAAUCUGCGAGAGUGAUUCUCAAUGUACGCCGGACAUGGCCUGUCUCAACCGUCGAUGCAUCAACCCGUGCAAUGUCAAUCCGUGCGCUUCGAACGCGGAAUGUCAUAUCGAGAACCACCGUCGCGUGUGUCAGUGUCCUCACGGAUACGCUGGCGAUCCGUUCAUAAAUUGCUACGAAGAAAACAUAGUUCUCCCUGAAUGCAGAACGAACACCGAAUGUCCCUCUGAUAAGGCGUGCAUCAAUCAACUUUGCCAAGAUCCGUGUUCUAGUAACCGCUGCGGAUUUAACGCCGAAUGUGUCACGAUUAAUCAUCAUCCUUCUUGUCAUUGUCAAGGGGGUUUAGCUGGCGAUCCGCAGCUUCAAUGCUACAGACCGGAAUGUAAGACGGACAAUGACUGUCCUUACGACAAGACCUGCCGAAAUAACAAUUGCGUCACUCCUUGUUUCAUCGGUGACGUCGUAUGCGGCCGUGGUGCGGAAUGUAGAACGGUGUCUCACAGAGCUCAGUGCAUUUGUCCGCAAGGCACUCAGGGUGAUCCGCGAGUCGCAUGCAUUUCAGCGAUUUGCCACUACAACGAAGAUUGCGCGGAUCAUGAGGCGUGCGACAGACUGAACAGAGUUUGUAGACCGGUUUGCGACGACGACGCUUGUGCCGAAACGGCAACUUGCAUCGCGCGCAACCAUCAGCCGAAGUGCACGUGUCCUCCGGGUACCACUGGAAAUCCAUAUAUAACAUGCGCUGGUGCACCUAUUGUACCUGAGUGCACGCAGGACAGCGAAUGCGCGUUGAAUCUCGCCUGUAUUAACACCAAGUGCCAAGAUCCUUGUGCCGCUAGUAGCAUGUGCACCAGUGAGCAGGAAUGCAAGGUUUUGAACACCGUGCCGCUUCGCACCAUGAUUUGCUUGUGUCCACCGAAUACGAUCACCGAUGAGAACGGACAGUGCAAGCCGAUCGUAUUGGGCGAUGUACAGUGUCAUCUAGAUCAAGAUUGCGCCAAUCACGAAAAGUGUCUCGAUGGAAUAUGCGUGGAUGCUUGUUUGACAAGCCAGUGCGGUCUCAACGCGCAAUGCAAGUCCACGUCUCAUACCGGCAUUUGCUUCUGCUCACAGGAUUUCACAGGCAAUGCUUAUAUCGAAUGUAUAAGAGUUCCACUCACUCCGUUGCCAGGACAUCGGCCGGAGUGUUACACGAACAGCGAAUGCGCACGCGACAAGCAAUGUGUGAACUCGCUCUGCGUAAAUCCAUGCGUCGCCGGCAAUCCUUGCGGCAGGAAUUCUUUGUGUCACGUGGACCGUCACGAACCGAUUUGCAGAUGUCCGAUCGGCUACAACGGCGAUCCCAGAAUUAAGUGCAUACCACCCGAGAUCGUGCCCGAAUGCGUGUCGAACAGUGAAUGCGCAGGAAAUUAUGCGUGCGUAAACAACGCAUGCAUCAACCCGUGCAAUUGCGGACCCAAUGCCAAGUGUAACGUCGUCAACCAUUAUCCUUCCUGCAUAUGUCUGCCGGGGUACUCCGGAAAUCCUCAGUUGGGAUGCUUUAAACUCGAUUGCGAGUCCGAUAGCGAUUGCGACUACGCAGCCGCUUGCUACAAUGGCCAAUGCGUCAAUCCUUGCAUCUUGGACAACAAAUGCGCCAUCAACGCGGAAUGCUAUGGAAAGAAUCACCGAUCGGCUUGCCGUUGCGGUCCAGGUUACUACGGCAAUCCUCAAAUUCACUGCGAGAAGGUCGAAUGCAACACGGAUCACGACUGCCCCAACAAUCUAGCGUGCAACAAUGGCCGCUGCGUGAAUCCAUGCGCUGAGGACUCGCCGUGUGCGCAGAAUGCGGUCUGCUACGUGCAAGAUCACAUAGCUUCUUGCCGUUGUCCCGAGAACUUGCCGUUGGGAAAUCCAUUCUCCUAUUGCGAACGACGUUCCGUAGAAGAGUUUGACGAGCCGGAAUGCAGAGUCGACAUCGACUGCUCGGAUAAACUAGUGUGCAUUCGGGAAAAAUGCAUCGACCCUUGCCCGGUCAUCAAACCAUGCCUGGAGAACGCUCGUUGUGACGUUCUCGAUACUGUGCCUGUUAGAACUAUGAUUUGCACGUGUCCGGAGGGAUGGAUCACCGACGUCGACGGAGUAUGUAGGCCAAUACAACUGACAGUGAUUGGCACAUGCACGACGAACGACGACUGUGGUGAUCGUGACGCUUGCAUCAACCGGCAAUGUCGCAACCCCUGCAACUGCGGCGCCAAUGCGGUUUGCUACGUGAGGAACCACAAGCCGAUCUGUUCUUGCGAACAAGGAUACCAGGGCAAUCCUGAGAUCGCGUGUCACUCGGUCGAGUGCCGGCACAACAGCCAGUGUACGAUCGACAAGGUCUGCGAGAACAAUAACUGCGUGAACCCAUGCCUGAUUGCUGAGCCCUGUGGCACCAACGCCGAAUGCUUUCCGAACAACCAUGUGGCCGAUUGCCGCUGCCGCAAAGGCUACCACGGCAAUCCUCUGGACCGUUGUCGUGUGAUCGGCUGUUAUAGUAAUGGUGACUGUCCAGGCGACCAUUCGUGCAUCAACAUGCAAUGCAUCGACCCUUGCAUCCACGACAACCCUUGCUCGGCCCGCGCCGAGUGCAGGGUCCUGAACCACCUGCCGAUCUGCCGCUGCCCGCCGCAUUUCACCGGUAAUCCAUACAUCAACUGUCGACCGGAAGAGAGGCCCGAAUGCAGGGAAGACAUCGACUGUCCGGACUCGCUCGCCUGCCUUAGCAACAGAUGCCAAAACCCGUGCCCGGUCAUACAACCGUGCACAGAGCCGUCCGAGUGUCGGGUCCUACCAACGCGUCCAGUACGCACUAUGGUGUGCGUGUGCCCUAGUGGCUAUGUCAGCAGCGGUAGCGGUACUUGCCGCGCCACCAAACCGAUCCUUAAGAUCGAGUGCACCAAUGAUGACGAUUGUGCGCCUGAGCGGUCAUGCAUCAAUGCUGUCUGCAGGGAUCCCUGCGCCUGUGGACCCAACGCCGUUUGCAAUGUCAUCAAUCAUAAGCCGAUAUGCUCGUGCGUCCUGGGAUACGAUGGCAACCCGGACAUCAUUUGCACGAAAGUUGCAGGAUGUAGGACUGACGGUGAUUGCAGCGGCUCGCACGCGUGCCUCCAGCGUAGUUGCAUACCGGUGUGUUCGCCGUCUUUGGCUUCCUGCGGCAAGAAUGCAGUAUGCCACGGUAUAAAUCACAAAGCUAUCUGUGAGUGUCCGCCCGGCUUCGGCGGAAACCCAAGGGUAUCUUGCGUACUCUUAGGAUGCAGAAGCAACUCGGAUUGCCCGACAAACAAGGCGUGUAUCAACAACCGCUGCGAGAACCCGUGCGCGGUGAAUCCGUGCACCGGUAAUAUGGAAUGCAACGUUUACAAUCACGUUGUGGAAUGCGCAUGUCCACCCGGCUACGUUGGCGACGUCAAAAUAGGAUGUACCAAGGUUAAAGAAAAAUGCAAGGCAGACAACGAGUGUCCGUCUCAAACCGCUUGCUUCAACGGACAAUGUAUCAAUCCAUGUACAAAGAUCGAGCCCUGUGGUGUUAACGCCGUAUGCAAGGUCUUGGAUACUAGCCCAGUUAGGACCAUGAUAUGCGAAUGUCUCCCAGGAUACCGCGGAAACGCGGUUGUCCGUUGUGAGAAAGCAAAUAUAUGUCCAGUCGAGAAAGGUCAGGUUCGCGACGAAUAUGGCAACUGCGUCUGCCCGCCAGGAUUCGGCAAGGACGAGAACGACGAUUGUAUAGCUUGCCGUAGACAGUCCAAUAUGGUGAUAAACGAGGAGGGUUACUGCGUAUGCGAUCUGGAAAAAGGCUUCAGUAUCGACGAAUAUGGCCGUUGCGUAUGCCCGACACAGCACGGAUACAGGAUUGACACCAGUGGAUAUUGCAGAACCAUCGGUGUGAUAGAAUGCAGGCGUAACGACGACUGUGCCGACGACAAAUAUUGCGAAAAGACCACUCGGACCUGUCAAGAUCCUUGCAAGAAGCAAAUAUGCGGAGUGCACGCGCUUUGCAACGCCACUAGACAUCAAGCUGUGUGCAUUUGCAUCAAUGGCUAUUUAGGCAAUCCGUACACGCAAUGCUAUGAUAGAAAGGACGGCCGAACGGACUUCCCGAAACCGGAAAUGGAUGUGAGCUGCUUGUCAGACGGGGUGCAAGUCGUGAUACAUUUACAUCAGGAAUUUGACGGGGUUCUGUACGUGAAAGGACGCAGCAAAGACGAGCAAUGCAGGCGGGUUGUCUCGAUACCGGCUGAAACCGAGCACAAGACGGAAACCUUUAAGGUCGCAUUCGGCAAUUGCGGAUUGAUACACGUGAAUGGACAAGCUAGCUUCGUGCUAGUCAUACAAAAGCAUCCGAAGUUGAUGACGUAUAAGGCGCAGGCUUAUCACAUUAAAUGCAUAUAUCAGACUGGAGAGCAGAACGUUACCCUCGGUUUCAAUGUCUCGAUGUUAACGACAGCCGGAACAAUUGCCAACACUGGUCCACCACCUAUAUGUCUGAUGAAGAUAGUUGCCCAGAACGGAGAUGAAAUUAAUUCAGCCGAAAUUGGAGACAAUCUGAUGCUGCAAGUGGAAGUUCAACCUUCAUCUAUUUAUGGUGGAUUUGCGCGGAACUGCGUAGCUAAGACAAUGGAAGAUAAUCUAGAGAACGAAUACAUUGUGACGGAUGAGAAUGGCUGCGCGACAGAUCCUACGAUUUUCGGCGAGUGGAAACAAAAUUCUGAGACUCAAGCGUUAAUGGCUAGUUUCAACGCAUUCAAGUUCCCCAGCAGCGACAAUAUAAGAUUCCAAUGCAAUAUCCGCGUAUGCUUCGGUCGCUGUCAACCUGUCAAUUGUCGAGGCUACAAUGCUUUCGGCCGUCGUCGUAGAGACGUUGACUCCGAAAUGAACGACACGUCUCUAAGCAUAUCUGAUGGAUACGAGGGUCAACUCCGUGAAGAAAUAACGAUUCAGUCGAACCUAAUAUUCACUCUGGAAAGGAAAGAGGAGAGGUAUGCAGCAGAUCGAGCUGAAGCUCCUUCAGCACAAAGAGUGGAAGAUAUCUGUGUUUCUAUGGUCGGCUUUAUCAUAGCAUUGAUAAUUACGGCACUUUUGGCACUGGUUGCCGUAGCUAUUGCUGUGUCAUGCUGGCUUAUGGCGUAUCGACGCCAGCCAAAGACUGCUGGACCACUGCCACACCCACCAGAGUUCCCAAACCCCUUGUUCACUACUGAAUCCGUAGCUGAACCUUCUCCUGACUAUCACCUAUCAUAAGUCCUUUAGAAUAUAUAAUUAAUAUUUUAUAAAUAACAUAAAUUUUAUAAUAUUUCAAUGGAAUGCAUCUCAGACCAUGAGUUCUAUUGGUCGGUUUUGUAUUUCUGUAUACAACUCCUCCAAUGACUAUCACUUCGUCACUGCACUUUCUUUUUCGAGGGUUCAAACGAUAUGUCACUGUCAUAUCACACAUGUGUACUGCGACGCUACAUACAUACUAUUUAUGGUGAUGGUUUGCUUCCAUUAUCUACUUGCAAGCAAAAAAAUAUGGGACUAUCUUCUUCUUUCAUAUGUUUCUCCUGUAUUAUUUUCUCUAGUCAGUGGAGGAUUUGUUAUAAAUGUAAUGCUGCGAAUUUAAUUCCUGUGUAAAGUCAACGAAUUAGUCUAAUAUAGCUUUCUUAUUGCGAACAUAGGUAAUUGUACAUUUUAUCUAAUAAAAUGCUAACGAAAUAUUUUUAAAAAGAUUUUUAAAAAAGACUUAAAAACCCUGAUAUUAUUUUCUAUUUAUUAAACU